UUCAGUGCCUCUUUGGACGGUGCAGAGAGUAGGUGUGUCUGCCGCUGUGUCCCAGAGAAUGUAAGAGAAAAUGGGUAGCAGUGAGUGGGAGGGGUUACUAGAGCGGCGGCUGGCUGUGCUGCCUGGCUCACGGGACCCGGGUGGUGGACCCAUCCUUAUCAUCCCAUUGCCACAAGACCCCAGCAGCCAUGACUCCGGGGCCAUCUCCGCCACCGUCAAGUACCUCAAGACCAUCCCCAGCGUGAGCGCCCGGGAGCGUGGGUGGGUGGUGGUGGUGGACGCCCGAGUCUGUCACUACCGCCUCGUCAAGCCCACCGUCAGCACCGUCCGCGCCACCCUCGGCUACAUCAGGCACCUCUUCGUCGUCCGCCCGGAGGGAUUCUGGGAUAAGCAGCGAGUUGAUUGUCGCAAAAGUGAGGUGGACAGCCAGCCCAUCUACGUGAGUGUGAGCAAGCUCACCAGGCACAUGGAGGUGUCGCAGCUGCUGGUGGAGCUGGGAGGAACACUGGACUACGACCACACCGCCUGGCUCAAAACUCGCAAGGCGUACGAGGAGUUUGUGGACGAGUGCGAGCGGGCGCGCCGGGACUUGGAGACUCUGCAAGUGGAGCUUCGUCGGGAGGAGCCGUGCAGCCGGGCCUCCACCCUGCACGACCUCCUCUCCGUCAACACCAACACCUACAACACCAUCACGGCCAGACCCUCCGUCAUCUUCAACAUGGGCCAGGAUGUGCUGAAGGUACUGGAGAUGGACGAGGAGUCGGGCUUCAGGGUGUGUGAGGGCCAGGGCGACUCUGCCGAGGCGGCCUCCAGGGUCAGGGCCAUGCUCCAUGACCUCCACCUGCUCACCACUGCCGUCGAGGCCUGCUGGAGGAGACUCAACACAGCCCUCGACACCUACAUGCAGGUGCGGGAGCUGGAGGACGCUAUGAACGACAUCGGGCAGUGGCUGGUGUCGGCGGGCCAGACGCUCCUGGCCGAGACCAGCAUCGGCACCAUCACCGCACAGGCCGAGGCUCUCCUCAGGGAGCACGAGGCCAUAGAGCUCAAGUGCAGGGAGACGUACGGACGGUGGGCUGGCCUGAGGUACAAGGUAGACGAUGCCCUUGACCGAGGCGACGGCGACCUGCGCUCCCUGGCUGACCACCGCACCACCACCACCGACCUCCGCUCCCUCAAGGACUACACCGACACCCUCGUCAGGACGUUUGCGUCGCGGCUGGACCGACGUCGCACCCUGAUCCUAGCGUCGGUGAGGUUCCACCGCAUCGCUCAGCAGAUGUGCGAGCGGUGCAGUGUGCUCCUGCAGGCCCACCGCUGGCUCCCCCACACCCAGCAUGUUGACACGCUCAAGAAGACGCUCAGGGAACUCACCGCUCGCAAGGAGGCCAUUGAUUACCUGGCGUCCGAAGGCACGCGGGCGGGAGAAAAGCUUCUAGAUCUCCUGACGGUCGGGGUGAAGGAUCUGUGUGGGCGGGACGUCACGCCCGACUACACGGCUGAGCUCAAUCACGUGCACGCCCUCCUCACAGCCCAGCACGAGCACUAUGCACGUGCAGCACGCCAGGCUGACCUGCACAAAUUGCGGCUGCAACAGAACAUCCAGCUGCUGACCUGCCAGCGAGACGUGAAGCAGGCUCACAAGUGGUUGAAGGCAUUGCUUGAGGCGCUGGUGAAGGUUCACGCUCACGUGGGCCGUUCCUCUGAGGAGAUCCGCAGACUCAAGACGGAGCAUCAACAGUUCCAGGAAACUGCAGCAGGCACGUUCGAAUACGGGUACGAGUCUGCGAGGGCGGCCCUGCUGGUGGAGAAAUCUGCAGGAGGGAAUGUCUUGUCAGAGAGCCGCGCCAUGGUGGGCGACCUCGAGGACGUCUGGAAGAUGUUUGUCCAGGGUUCUCAGGAGCAGCUGACCAGGCUAAGGGUGGCCGGGGUCUUCUUUAGAACAAUGGAACAGCACCUAGAGCGGCUUGACGGCCUGUGUGCGGGGGUGGUGGAGAAGAUGGGUGGCUGCUGCUUGACAGCUGAUCCAGAGGCCCGCAAUCUGUUUACUUCCAGGGAUCGUCUACUUCGUGAGAUCGGCAGGAACGUCCGCCUUGGCAAGCUUCUCAAGGAACGCUUGUCGGACCCCCUAGUCCCAAAUUUCAGCUUGAGGGAACACAACGAGAACCUGCUGGCCCAGGAGUCCAUCAGCGAGCGGAUUCAGCACAUUACAAACCGCGCCCAGCAACUGGACGCCCUCAUGUUCCCCUCCGCCACCGCCACGCCCACACCCCAAGCUCGACCUGACACCGAACACGAGGGCAGCGGCAGCACAGAGUACUGGACGUGCUCAGAGUGCACUUGCACUACCUCCGGCACCUACCAUACCUGCCCUGAGUGUCAGCAACUCCAGGAGCUCUUCACCCACGAUGACACACGACCGCCUUCAGAGGAAGACCUUCCACUAGACGAGAUCCUUAAAAGAAGGUCCAGGUCGAGAACCAAGUCAAGCUCGAAGAGCAACGAUGACCUGGCGAAGGUGGAACCCAAGCGUCGAAGUCGGUCCAGAUCGAGGAGCCGCUCGACACCGCGGGCGCUGGCUGGCGACGAGUCGCCCACCACCUCCACGGCCACCAAGGUGAAGAAGGACGCUCCCCGGGACCACCCAGACGCUAUCGAGAGGGCUACCAGGUCCAGGUCACGUUCCAGAUCGAAGUCCCUCACGCGGGAGAUCGUCGCUUCUUUCAAAGAGUUCAGAGACAAGGUCAAACGUGGCAGGUCGCGAUCCAAGUCUGGGGAACGGAAGAGAGCAGAGGAGGAAGAGGCUGCUGCUGCUGCUGCUGCUGCUGGAGCCUCACAGGACCACGAGGGUGAAGGGAUGGUCAACGGUGACGUCCGGAUCCCCGUGCAUGUGCAGCCGCAGGAAGCCACGCCUACACCUGUCAUACCGGAGAAGGCCUGGAAGGAGGUGUCGUCGGAGACGGUGACGACGCGACUGGUGCUACACGGCGGAGACUCGCAGGGGGACACCACCCUGACGCUCGAGCACGUCACCUCCGUCAGGAAGCCCGACGAAUCUCACGACACCCAAACCCUCAGGGAUGCUUUCAGGUGGAAAUGUCCACCACCUUCUGCAGCUGAUUCUUCUUCACAUCGACCUUCCACUUCGGCACAGCCAAAAACUGAUGCCACUGAAACCUGUGAUCGUGCUUUUACUUCAAGCGUAUCUUCACAGCUUGCCAAUACUCCAGUACCUACUUUGUCUAUCCACUCUCCUGUAUCCACCGCUAUUUGUCAUGAUACACCGCUUGUUGAAGCUUCAUCGUUCGGGCUUCCAUCUUGUAUAUCACCAACUUCUGUAACUCCGCUACCUCAAGAUGCCAAUGAAGAUUCUUCUAUUGCUCAAAUUAGCCAAGCUCCUUCUCUAACUAUGGAACAUGGUGUGUGUGUUAUUAAUCCAACUGAGGAAGAGUGGCCCCCGCCACCUGACCAGCCGCCGCCUGAGGAACCCACUCUGAUCCAGGUGAGGUCGACAGAAUCUCCAACACUUAGAAACGUAGCCUCAAAACUGAUAACAUCACCUGCUGUUGAAACAGAGGCAUUACCUUCCACAUGUCCAGACGGUGAAGAGGAGGAGUUGCCACCGCCACGACCCCCAACCCCUACUCUUGAAGUCGACGAGGCUCCUCCCCCACGCCCGCCAGAACCCACAGAGGUGUACGAAGACAUAGUUCCACCUAAUAUGAUAUCCAUGCAUGAGACUACACCUCCCCGCCCUCUCCCUCCUACCACAUAUGAAGUCUUACCCCCACGUCCUGCUCCUCCGGCCUUGCAUAACAAUCUGGUGGAAGAGAUGGGUGUGUGCCCACCUCCACGACCCGACCCUCCUAGUGAUGAUGCAGAUGAUGAGCGGGAGAUGACUCCGCCUAGACCACGGCCUCCAGUUGAGUAUGAGAUAGUGUUCCCUCCGCGACCUCCCCUCCCCACAAUACUCGAGUACUCUCCAACUUUCCAUGAAGGUUCUCCGGUUUUAGAGGAAUUGCCUGAAAAUACAAAGAAUGAGGCGACACCGCCAUGGCCAAAGGCCCCAAUAAUUAAACAAUUUACUCCUCCCAGGCCCACAGAGGCUGACAUGGCCACCCUGCCGUCCUCAUCGCUGCCGCCGCCGUCAGAGGAACUUCAGCAGCAGACGAAUCUUGUUCCCGUUGAAGUUACACCAGAAAACUCGUCGCCGUCAGAUCAUCCGUCGCCGUCAGAUCGUCCCUACACUUCCUCAUCCCCUGAAAAAUCGGGCACGUCUCCGGAAAAGGAAUCUGACGGAGAAAUCGGUGCCUCACCUGUGACAGACCUGGGAAGAGUAGGAGUAGGAAGAGACGUGACAGACCAGACCUCCCAGCAGCCUUCCGCUCUCCCACCGCCCUUCCCUCACCCUAAAGGAGGCGAAGACGAGAUCAUCCGAAAGAUGCGCAAGAGUGCAGAAUGGUUGGAGCUGCGGGUGGUGGAACUGACGCCAGGCAUGGUGUACCUCGGCGCCAACUUGGAGGAGGCCACGCAGCUUCUCCACGCCCACGAGGAGGUCCUCACCAAACUUCAGAACAAGCAGAGUCCGGUGGAGGACCUGUUGAACCAGGCCGACCAGCUCAUCUCCACGCAGCAUCCAAGGGCCGAAGUCUACGCCUCCAUGGCCGAAUCGCUCGGCCUUGCCUGGAAGGACCUCAACGCGCAGCUAGAGACGAGGAAGCAGAUACUCGACAUGGGCGUUGCCUUCCACACACGAGCCCAGCAGUACAGCGACAGCAUGGAUGCUGCUGAACGAGCCUACACCGAUAAUGUGAUGCCCAGUGAUGCCGAGGGAGUCAGACAGCUCCUGUCAUCGUUACAUGAUCACAAACGAGCAAUUCUCGAGGCCUCCAUGUAUACCUUGCAAGAGGCACAGGCCCUCUUGGCAAGACUCAGGGGCUUAUCUACCGAGGGCGCCACGCUUGACUCCAGACCUCUUCACAUCAAAACUAAUAUAGAGUUUGCCUGUUCUCAGAUCGAACAUUACCUCGAGUCCCUACACGACCGUCGAAGGUUCCUGGAUGGCCUCUUCUCCGCCAGGAAACACCAUCUAGAACAGUGCCUGGCCCUCUGUAUUCUCUACCAGGAUCUGACAGAAGCAGUGACAGCUCUCAAACAACUGCGGGAUGAGGUCUCACAGCAUCAGGGGCUGGGAGAGUCUCAGAGCAAUGCUGAGAUUCUCUACCAUGAGCACAUCAAGCGAGAAGUUGCUGCUAAGGGGCAGCAAGACAGGUGUAUUAGGCUGCUCAAAACUGCCGAGAACAUGGCUUCAGGGGGACACUACGCCGGCCUGGAGGCUCGCUCCAGGGCCUACUCGGUUCUGGAGGCUGCCACCGCGCUCCACGAGACCUGCGACACACGUACUGCUCUCCUCCAGCAAGCCAUCCUUUUCUUCAGACUGGCUCACACUGCAUUAACAAAGCUGGACCAGGCUGAGGUGCAGGUGGCAGGUCUUGGCGGGGAAGGCUCCCAACGCCUCUCUCUAGUGCUGGGUGUGGUGGAAGAGGCUGUCCAACCCGCACUCACAGAAGGCUAUGCCAUCCUCGAGGUCACUGGUGGCAGAAAUCAGCCACACAAUAUGGGAAUAUCAUUGGUGGUGGAGGAACUGGAGCGUCGUCGUAGUAACUUGUCUUCCAUAUGUGUGUCUUCAACAGAACAGGUUCUCCAGCGCACAGAACUCUCUAAUGCCUUCCUAGAGCAGUAUAAUACUAUUGAAUCUUGGCUGGUUCGCAUUGGUGAUGCCUUUCUGCAAGGACACCAAGAUCCCGGCGGAUCCCUCAGUCUUGCCAAAGACUUCCUUCACCUCCACGAAACACUCAAUCGUGAUGUUAUGGAGAAGAAAAACGAAAUCGAUGCUCUUUCAACUUUCCUCGACAAACUCUUACCCGACUUGUCAGCAGAAGAAGGUAUAGGCUACCAAGAAAAGAUGCACACGCUUCAAGAACACUGGAAUAUUCUAAAGAAGCUCUUAGAUAUUCGCAUUGUAAUUAGUGACAAGUAUGUGAAGUUCCACGAAGAAGCCGAAGCUGUGAAUAAUGCACACGAAGAACUUGAACUACUCCUCAAGGAAGCUAAGGGUGAAGAUCGGGGAGCUGAGGUGGAAGCCAAGUGGGAACAGGUGCAGAAACUGUAUCUUGACCUUUGUAACACAGGGAAGGCAUUCUGCCAAGAUGUCAGAAGUGUAGAGGAUCCCUACCUGGACUCCAACCGUGCUGUGUUGUGCGUAGAGUCUAUACUAGAACACCUGGGCAAAAGACGUCUGGUCAUCACUGACUUGCAUUCCCACUUCCAUAUGAAAAUUACUACAACCAAAGAAAUGAUGAUCUUGUGGAAGACUUACAAAGAAAAUGUCAGUAAGAUGCAGUCUGAAAUGUCUCAAAUGGAAACUGACUUCUGCCCACUCUUAAGAGGAAACCCAGCAGAUCCUGAGGGUAUGGCAAGCACAUUGGAACAGCGACUAAAUAUUUAUGUCUCUGCUGUAAAGAAAACUCAAGAAGAUAUUCAGAACAUGAUGACUAGAGCAGAAGUCAUGUCAUACAAAGGUGAUGAUGAGGGACAACGUGACGAAGUUAUUGGUGCCCUUCUGCAGCUGUACCAGAAUCUACAGAAUAAAGCCACCGAGUAUCAAAUCUUGGGACACAUGCUUAUACAGUGGUGUAGAAACAUUGCUGAGAUCCACCGCUCCUGUGACAAGCUCGAAUCUCAGUUCAGUAAUGUGAGCCUUGAUAUUGGUGGUGUAGAAGGCCAACUUAGAGAACAUGAGGCCUCAAAACAAGCCGUUUUGGAACUAAUGAAGUUUGCCCAAAAUGAAGCUGAUUCUAUUGUGUCCAAGAUUAGAGAUCAGUGUCCCCCUGAGGCUGGUGCCCAAGAUAUGGCUGUAAUUGAGGAGAUGCUGAAGAGACGGAGUAAAGAGUUUGAUAUGGUGUGGCUUCAGCACCAGAACAUGCUAGAGAGACAACUGAGACGGUCACAGUACCAUGUUGACCUCCAGGUGAUCAGUGAUCAGCUACGUGAUCUGAGUGAGCAGCUCAGUCGUAUGCGAGGUCAUUAUGGCGACUCGUUGGCGGCAGCCACUAAUAUGCAGGGUGCAUUCAAUCAGUUCCUAAUUACCGUUGAUAUGCUAGAAAACCGUAUUCAUACAUUUGUUACUACAACGACAAAGAUGUUGGGGCCAGAAGAUGACUCGGGAGAAGUACAGGAAGAUUUGGCAGAGCUGGAGAAAAAGUGGUCUACUUUCCAAAUGCAAGUUGGACAAUCCAAAAAGUCAAUUGAGCUUUCUAUUGUCUUUUACAAGCUUGUUGAAGAAGCAGAAGACUGGGUCAAACAGGGUAGUAAGAUUCUAGUAGAUAUAGCCGGUGAAUCGGCAAACAUCCAAACUCCAGACCAGGCAGAAAAGUUAAGAUCCUGCAUUGAGCAUUUCCUUCAGCCUGGUGAAGAAGCCCAGCAAGAAAGAAUUACAAAAAUAUCUUCUCUAGCUUUACAACUUUAUGGUGGCCAACCACCUAGACAGGUUGAAGUUGUGAAUCAUCAAAAUACCCAAAUAAUAGACAGUUUUACAGUUAUCACUCGCAACCUUAUCAUCAUGGAAGAGAACUUGAGAGCUGCUGAGGAACAUAGAGAAAACCAAAAGAGGGAGAAAGAAGAACUAGCAGCUUCCCUUGCAGCAGCACAAGCGGAAGCAGAAGCAGCAAGAUUAGCAGCUAUGGCUGCAGAAGAGGCCAGGAAGGCAGCUGAAGAGGUAGCAAAAACCCUGGCCAUACCUAUAGAGCCAAUAGUUCCACAAAAGGUUGAAACAGAAAUGCAGACAGAAGCUAUUCCUUUGUCUGAUGAGGAGGAGCCAAGCAAACAGGAAGACACACCACCACUCAAAAAGGCUAAACUGAUUGAUGAUGAACCGCAGCCAAUGCCACCUAUAUUCCUCACACCGCUUGUUGGAGCAACAGUGACGGAAGGAGUCAAGUUUAGCUUCGAAUGCAAGGUAUUGGGUAUGCCAAUGCCAGAAGUUGAGUGGCAGAAAGACAACAUGAGUAUCACAACCAAUCCCGACUACAAAACAAGCUUUGAAGAAGGUAUUUGUACUCUUACAAUUGAAGAAACAUUCACUGAGGAUUCAGCCCUGUUUACUUGCAAAGCUGUAAAUGCCGCAGGCAUAGCUGAGACUUCAGCAGUGCUAACGGUUAAGGAAGCCGAACCUGUAGAGGUGCUGUCACCACCAUCAUUUACAAAGAGACUCAUUGACAGCACAGCACAGGAAGGUUCCACAUUCCAGUUGGAGGCCACUGUUGAUGGUCAUCCACUUCCCGUUGUCUCCUGGGCUAAGGAUGGAAACUGCAUUGAUGAAUCUCCUGAUUAUGUUAUUACCUUUAACAAUGGUGAAUGUGUGCUUAGGUUUGAAGAAGUGUUUUUGGAAGAUAAGGCUGAAUAUUCUUGCAAAGCCACUAAUGACCUUGGUGAAGAUGUUACUAAAGCCAAGCUCUCGGUGACUGCUGUUGAAGUAACCGAACGACCCAAAUUUACAAUGCCAUUAAGUAAUGUGAUGGCACGGGCAGGGCAGAAGUUCAAGUUGGAAUGCCACGUGACAGGCAUGCCGAGCCCUACUGUUACUUGGUUCCAUAAUACCAAACCAGUAAAAGAAACUCCAGAUUGCAAGAUAACCUUUGAUGGUUGCAUUGCCACCCUGGUUAUGUCAGAGGCAUUCCCUAAAAAUGCUGGAACAUAUACUGUCGUGGCCAAGAAUUCGGCCGGGGAAGGACAGUGUUCUGCCAACGUCUCGGUGAAGGGCCGCAUUCCAACAGAGACGAGUGACUCUGAGGUCACUUCAGAUAUAGAUGUGGAACCUGUGAAGCCCACUGUGCAGCUUUCCCUCAAGGACACUAAUGUCAAGGAGGGCAGGAGUGCCAGGCUUGAUUGUGUCAUUAUUGGCCAACCAGAACCAGAGGUGAUAUGGUAUCAUGAUGAUAAACCUGUUAAGGAAUCCAAUGACUUUAAGCUACUAUUCCAUGGGGAUCGGUGUUCACUCAUUAUUCAGGAAGCAUUCCUUGAAGAUGCUGGUAUAUACAGAGUUGUUGCUAUGAACUCGGCUGGUGAAGCAUCAACGGCAUGUUUCCUUAAUGUUGAACCUAUCCCAGAGCCAACUCCACCUCCAACAAUAGAACCUCCUGCAGUAGCACCCAGGUUUUCCAUGUUACUGGCUGACAAUCAUGUUACUGAAGGGAAUCCUGUUACUCUACGUGCUACAGUGACAGGUCAACCGAAGCCUACAAUUGCAUGGUUCAGAGAGAACAUGCCACUGAUUCCUGAUGAGGAGUUACAGAUUCAUGAGAGCUCUGAUGGCACUGUGAGUGCAACAAUCCAUGCUGCAUCCCUUGAUCACACUGGCCAGUAUGAAAUUGUAGCCUCAAACACUGCUGGAACAGCCAAGUGUGUAGCAUAUCUAAGCAUUGAACCACGUUUGCCCACACCCCCAGCUGCAGAAAACACAGAACCCCCAGUGUUCACCAAACUUAUUACUGACACCACAGUCACAUCUGGAGGCAGUGUUAAGUUUGAAGCUGAGGUUCAGGGGCUGCCUACGCCCACGGUACACUGGACGUUAAAUGAUUGCCCCAUCACGGGUCAAGAGUAUCUGCGUGGCCAUAUGCAGUAUGUGUUGGGAAGCAGUGGAAACACACACACCUUGGAGCUUCCCACCACCUCUGUGAUGCAGGCUGGUAGAGUCGCUGUUAUUGCAGAGAACUCGGUAGGGAAGGCUGUGUCUGCUGCCGCACUCAACAUUGUUGGUGCCAUGGCGGCUCCGAGGCGGGGCCCACCCGGCCGCACAGAACCUCCAGUGUCUGAAGUUCCAUCAAUCAUGCCUGUGGUACAUCAAACAACGAGGGAGGAGAGCCAUGUUACCUCCAGCUCGUCAUCUACCACCAUGUUCCAGAAAAGCACCAUCAUGGAGACUAGUCAUGUCACAAAAGUGGUCUCCUCUGAUGGUGCUGCUGAUGAGAAGAAGCACAGCAUGUCUGCCACUUCCACUUCUCAUGUGAAGACAGCUACAGGCCAGCCAACUGUUGAGGUCCAUGGUGCCCACUUGCAAGAGAUGAGGCAGGAGGGAGGUGCCCCACCAAUAGUCAGUGAUAAGAUGAGUCUGGUAAAAAGGGAAGGGGAAGUAAUCACUCAUCACAUCAGCCAAGAUUCUGGCACUACUGCAAUCUUGCCUCCUGCCAAGAAAAUAGUUAUAUCUAAGAAGAAGUCAAUGCCAGCAAGAUUUGUUGCUCCUCUUCAAGGUGUCAUUACCAAGGAAGGUGACCAAAUCAUAUUGGAAUGUCUCAUUGAUGGUCACCCAGACCCAGUAGUGACCUGGACCCAUAACGGUGGACCACUUAGCAAUGAAGCUCAAGUGAAGACACACCUUAACAAGACAACUGUGAUCAUUCCAAGAGUGAGCCAGAAGCAUUCUGGACACUACACCUGUCUCAUAGAGAACGAAACUGGCUCGGCUCAAUGUACCUGUGAUGUCAUCGUUAAGAAGACUCAGUUUCCACCUGUGAUUUCAAAAAGGCUGCAGCCUGCUGUGGUGGGUGUGAAUGAACGUCUCCAUUUAGAGAUUGAUGUUACUGGUACCCCUUCACCACAAGUGUCAUGGACAAAGGAUGGCCAACCACUUAGUGCCAAUGAACAUAUUGCUUUGAAAUCAGAGGGUACUAGGCACUUGCUAAUAAUUCAACAAGCCGAGCCAGGAGAUUCUGGAAGGUAUGGUGUUAUUGCAUCCAAUCCCGCUGGUCGUGCCGAGUCUUUGGCUGAUGUCAUGGUAACUCAGCUAAUUCUUGAUAAGGCUCCUCCCACACACAGAAUGCUGUUCACAGAUGUAACUGAUGAAGCUAAGCGGAAUAUCGAAUCUGUUGAAGAAGGGCAUGUGAAAACUAUAAAACGAGCUAUAGAGGAAGUUGCAGUAGAAGCGCCAGCUUCCACUUCUCCAUUAAAGAUCCUUAAGGCUCCUCAUCCUAAGCCUUAUUUUGAAUCACCCACUACCACACAGGUCCAACCAUCUCCUCCCAGCAUUCCACAAACCCCUCCCGAGCCAAUGAGUGAAGAGGAACUGGAGAUUAAGCGAGCUCCUGGGAAACUGAAAAAGGCAUGGCCACCACCACCUUCUGAUGAUGAAGCAGAUCGCAUCCCAAAAAUUGACACAAGUGUAGAGAUAAUGUCUCAUAAUGUGUCUUCCAUUAUUUCAUCAUUUUCAGCCUCAAGUGAAGUGCAAUCCUAUACAAUCCCUCCAAAGCAACCCUCAAAACCUAAACCCCCUCCCAGGCUUCCUGAGGAGCCAUAUAUUGAGCUUCAGCCAGAACCAGCACCAGAAUAUGGCUAUAUACCAGUCUCAGAACCCAUGGUGGUAGAAGAGCCAGAGUUAGGACAAGAAACUGCCCCUGUAAGCCAACCAGAUACAUGCAUUGUCCCAUCAUUAGAGCCAGUGCUGGUACCUGAACCAGAACCUGAGUAUCAUGUUGCCCCAUUUCCUAAGCCUACACAUGUUGUACUUGAGCCUGAACCUGAGCCUGCAUAUGUUGCAUUUGAGCCUGAACCUACACACAUUGCACUUGAGCCUGAGCCUGCACAUGUUGCACCAUUGCCUGAGCAACACUUUGAAUCUCUUUCUCCUUAUGAAUCAUAUAAGGUAAAAGAUGUGAAAAUAAUUGAACGCUUUGAGUCUGGAGCUCAGCUAAGGCAAGAAUACAAGAGAGUAUCUGCUCCUAUCUCGGAGACGUACAAGAUUUUAUCUCCCGUUCCCGAGGUUGUACCUGAACCUGUCCCAACGCCAGAGCCACCCAGAGUCCCGACGCCAGAGCCACCCAGGGUCCCGACGCCAGAGCCACCCAGGGUCCCGACGCCAGAGCCACCCAGGGUCCCGACGCCAGAGCCACCCAGAGUCCCGACGCCAGAGCCACCCAGAGUCCCGACGCCAGAGCCACCCAGAAUCCCGACGCCAGAGCCACCCAAAAUCCCGACACCAGAGCCACCAAGAAUCCCAACGCCAGAGCCACCAAGAAUCCCAACGCCAGAGCCACCCAGAAUCCCAACGCCAGAGCCACCCAAAAUCCCGACACCAGAGCCACCAAGAAUCCCAACGCCAGAGCCACCAAGAAUCCCAACGCCAGAGCCACCAAGAAUCCCAACGCCAGAGCCACCAAGAAUCCCAACGCCAGAGCCACCAAGAAUCCCAACACCAGAGCCACCCAGAAUCCCAACACCAGAGCCACCAAGAAUCCCAACACCAGAGCCACCAAGAAUCCCAACGCCAGAGCCACCCAAAGUCCCGACACCAGAGCCACCAAGAAUCCCAACACCAGAGCCACCCAGAAUCCCAACGCCUGUUCCAGUUGUAGAACAAAUUACUGAAGAACAUAUUCCCUCUGAUUAUGAACCUAAAACAGAAAGAGAGGUUAAAACAGAGUCAAGUAUAAUAGAAACCAGUUUUUAUGAAUCAAAAAGAUCUUUAUCUAAAAGCAGUUUUUCAACAGUUGAGACCAAAGUAUUCACAACUGGAGUAACAAGUCCUCCACCUGAGCAGGUUGUUGAUUCUAUCAACCAUGUUACAAGUGUUGAAGAUAUUAUUCUGCAGCCAAUUGAACCCAAACAAACAGUCAAGAUUUGUGCUGUACCUGAAUAUAUUAUUCCUGAAUCUAGUGUGGAACCUUUGCCCCCACAUGCAUCUGACACAGAACCAAGAGAUCUAGAAUCUUCUACAGAAGAUGCUUUGCUGCAGUAUUUUGUCCCAGAAAGUGAGCAAGUUAUUGAAUUCAUUCCUUCUCCUCAACCAGUGCCAAAUGAGCCAAGUCCAGAACGUGAGGAAUUCAAUUCAAACAUGAUAUCUCAGAUGUCGUCGUCUUCUAUAAGCAGAGAAAUGAAAACAAUGUUUGUCGCUUCGUCAAAUGUACAGACAAAAAUGUUCUCCCCUGUACUCCCACCAGAAACAGUAGGGCUAACUAUGCAAGAGACUAGAAAACUAGAGCGUCAACCUCUUCAACCACUUGUAAUGCCAGAUUCUAAACACCCUGAGCAAGCAAGUAAUGAAGAACCUGUUAAGCCUCCAAAACCUCCAGAGCGUGAUGAGGUAAAAGAACAGAAGAAACCAAAAAAGAAACGCGAGUCUGUUAUUCAACUUGCAAAACGGCUGGAAGAAACAAUUGUUCCAAUGUCCCCAGAUGAGGUACCAGGUGGUAUUAGAAUGUUUCCAAGUCCUAAGCAACCUUCCACUCCAGUUCGUGAUGUGCCUACCCCAACUCGAGAGACUGAGGAUAAAAUAUUUGGAGACAUUAAAUCUGAAAAAUUCCCUGAACUUGAACCUUUCCCCUUCACUGUGGAAGAAAAGCCAAGGAAAGAACGACCGCGUAGUUUACCUCCUCCUGUGCCACGGAAAUUUAUUCCUGGUUCCUUUACUGAUAGUGAGUAUGAGAGCGAUAUGGAAACUGAGCAUAGAAUUCAACUUAAGAAAAUAAAAUUUGAAGUGCAAGAACCAUCAUCACGUCCAGCUUCCACUGGACAAGAUGUUCUUCCUCCGUCAGCUUUUGACACUCCACCAAUUUUUGAAGGUGGUAUGAGACCCGAAAUCCUGAAAAAGGAGGAAGUAGCUAAAAAAGAACCAAAAUCUAUUACACCGAAGAAAAAGACCAAAAUUGUGGAAAAGUUUUUGGCCUCUGCAGGUAAAAGUGCUGAACAAGAGAUAGUAAAGCCUGUUCCAAAGAAGCCUACAAAGAAGGAUACAAUACCCCCAACAACAACAGAAGUGUCUGAUAAAAUUGCACAACCUCAGCUAAUAGAACAUGUGAAGUCUUCUCCAAAAAUACCGGAGUUGACAGAUAUUGAUUUGGAACAUGUGAGAGCACCAGGGAAGUUGGUUAAGUCCUGGCCUCCACAACCAGACACACAAUCAAUGCAGUCAGUACACACUGAUAGAGAGUUUGUUACUCAGAAACAGUCAUCCUCAGUGUCUUCUUUCUCUGAAACCAAGACUCAUACAACUUCUGUGAGUUAUGAAACAAAAGAAUCACAAAUUUUAAAACAUUCAGAACAAACUAUUAUUCCUGUUGUAGCCCCUAAACCUGCACCUGUUUAUGUCCAUAAAUCAGAACCUACACCUAGCUACAUUCCUCAAUCAAAGCCUGCACCAGAUUAUGUUCUUCAGCCAGAGCCUGCACCAGAAUAUGUUCUUCAACCAGAGCCUGCACCAGAUUAUGUUCUUCAACCAGAGCCUGCACCAGAUUAUGUUCUUCAACCAGCGCCUGCACCAGAUUAUGUUCUUCAACCAGAGCCUGCACCAGAUUAUGUUCUUCAACCAGAGCCUGCACCAGAUUAUGUUCUUCAACCAGCGCCUGCACCAGAUUAUGUUCUUCAACCAGAGCCUGCACCAGAUUAUGUUCUUCAACCAGAGCCUGCACCAGAUUAUGUUCUUCAACCAGAGCCUGCACCAGAUUAUGUUCUUCAACCAGAGCCUGCACCAGAUUAUGUUCUUCAACCAGAGCCUGCACCAGAUUAUGUUCUUCAACCAGAGCCUGCACCAGAUUAUGCUCUUCAACCAGAACCUGCUGCUGAAUAUGUUACAGAACCAGAACCAUUCCUUGUAUCACCUCUCGAACCUUCAGUUGAUUUUGCUCCUGCGUCUGGUUUCAGAUCGGUAAGAGCACCCAUGCCAAAGAGUUCCAAAAUAAAGUCAUCUCCUGCGCCACCACCACCAUUUGACUUGCCCCCUCCACAAAUAUUAGCAGAUUCAAAAUCAAAAUCAGUUUUAUCUGAAGAAAAACCAACCCCAGUAAUAAAAGCUGCACCCAAAUCAGCAGCCAUACAUGAGAAGAAACCUAUAACUAAACCCACUAUCAAACCUGUUAAGAAACCUGAGCCCCCAUCUCAGUCUGUUUCAAGGCCCACAUGGGUUAGUAAAAAGGUUUCUGCUUGGACUUCGAGUUCUCAUGAUGUAACUUCAAAUGCUGUUUCCACACUGAAAACACGUUCUCAAUCUGCAGAACGACCUCGUGUAUCAGAGUCGACAACGCUUCCUGCAAGGCCACACGAAGCCCCACCUGCAAUAUAUUGGUCAAGCAAUAUCACACUUCAAGAAAAAAGAAUGUCAUGGCCUCAGACAGUUCCUCAAGUGAAAACAGCCACAUCUGCUACAAUUCAUGAAUCAAGUUCAGUGACAUCUAAACAAGAAAUGAUUAAAAUGUCACAACAGAUGUCAAAGACCUCAGUAAAGAAAGAGGUUAAGAAAGAGACAACUGUACAGGGUAGUAAAUUGAAUACUGGAAAAGCAGUGCCUGAGAGACCUGUAACAGCAGGGCCCAAAAAAAUUGUACCUUCUGUGCAGAGACCGGUUCCACCAUCUGUUCAAGAACAAAAUAUUCAAUCAAAGAGGGAUGUCUUUGUAAAAUCAUCUGCUCCUUCCAGAGAGAGUUCUGCUGUGCCUCCAAUUAUACAACUUCCUCCACUAGAACCAUUCCCCUUUGAAGUACAAGCAGAGAAGCAGAAGCAGCCUAGAGGAAAGGCACCACCUAUGCCUACAAAAUUUGUCCCUGGUUCAUUCACAGAGAGUGAGUACGAAAGUGAUUAUGAAUCAGUACCAGGAAGUUUUUCCAGAUUAUAUAUGAGUGAUAGUGAGGCAACAGGUUAUAGACCACUGAAUAUUAAAAUGAAGAAGGGGAGAACUAAGAAACCAAAGCAACCUUCCCCACCACCGCCAACAUCAUUUGGCCCUCCACCACCUUUUGAAGUCAAGCUUAUGCCAUUAAGUUUGUGUUUCUCAGAUGUAGAUUCUGAUAUUCCAACUUCAAGGGAGAGUACGCCUGUUCCCAAGCCAAUAAUAAGUCACAGUAAACAUAUAAUACAAUCGACAAAAUCUUUAGCUUCCCAGAUAACCCCAGAAAAUAAACCCGUAAAACAAAUGCCAAGAUUUAUUCAGCAGAAAACUCCUGUUGUGACUCCGGCUCCAGCGCACAAGAUUACUCCCAUCACUCCAACUAAACCAACCCCAGCUGUUGCCCCCAAAGUGGCGCCUGUACCAUUACAGAAAACAGUUACAACACCGAGCAUUUUGAAGGAACCACCAGCAAUACAGAUGACUAAAGGUGUUUCAUCAGCAUCUUCUGAAAUGAGUACUAAGACUGAAAUUCAGCAUCUAAGUUCAGAGAAGUAUGUUCAAAUUACAGAAAAGAAAGAAAGAGGAGUAAAGGGUAUGAAGAAAAUGUUUGAGGGUAGUGGCCCAGCUCCUGUACCACAAGGUGUCAUAGCAUCCCCACACAUUUCAGUCCCAUCUACUAUUGGGAUAAAGCCAACUCCAAUGUCACCCAUUGGUGUUAAACCCACUCCAGCACCAAGUACUGCACCAGUAUCCCAACCAAUUGAAGCUCCUGUAAGAUAUAUCCCGGUUACAAAUGAAACUGAUGGUGCAGAGAAAUCUACAAGUUCAAACAACACAAAACCAAAGCCUUCUUCACCAAAAUCAAGAAAGAAGAUAGAUAAUCCACAAAUGGCAGCUCAAGAAUUAGAAGAAAGUGGUUACACUGCAGAUACUGAAGGAACUCUCCCUCGUCGCAAUGUUAAGACCAGCCAGUCUGCGAGCUCAUCUAACUUUAGUUCAUUUUCCAAAAGUGAAAGUUUUAUGUCUUCAUCAUUCUCGAAAACUGAAAGUAAAAGCUUCACAAGUUCUGAGUUUGGACAAGUAGAACCUCCAUUUCCUUCUAGCUUUGGCAUCCCUGCAAGUGGUGGCUUGCCUCAUAAAAGUAGCUUCCCCUCAGGCUCCUUUCCCUUCCCUUCCACCCCAACUUCUUCAGUAGACCAGACCUCGCACUUCUCCAGUUCGUUCAAGUCGUCAGAAAGUAAAUCUUCCCAGAUGUUUACUAGCAGGUCGGAGGAAGUUCACGAAGAAAAGCGGGGUGGUGAAGGCCCAAAGACGACAAAGCCAAAACCGGCACCACCUCCACAGCAAGAAAAGAAACCCAGAUUUGAGGAGUUCAGGAAAGAGACAAGAGGGAAGCCAGGAACAUCAAGCCCCUACUCAGAAGACACUUAUUAUGCCAUGAAGGAUGAAAGUGAUGUUGCAACAGAUACAGGCAGAACCCAAAAGAAGGUUGAAAUUAAGAGUGAAACACAUGUAGAAUUCAUGUCUGAUAAAAAAGUUGAGGUGUUUGAAAGCACAAGUAUGGAUGUUUCUCCGCAUCCAUCCAAAAAACAGACAAUUAAAGUAGAACAGAAAAUGGACAGAAAAGCAACUGAGGUACCAAAAAUUGAGGCACAGCAAAUUUCAAAACCUUUCAAGCCAUUAAAAGAAACUAAAAAAACUGUGUCUCAAGAUUUAACUAUGAAAAAGUCAGACACUACAUUCAAAAUAGAUAAGCAUGUUAAAGAAACAACAAAAUCAAGUGAAAUUAAAAAGUUUGUGGACAAGUCUAAAACAGAAGAAAAAUUAUUAAAUUUUCAGCCAGUUUCCGAGCCCAAAGCAAAGCAAAUAAGGUUGCAACCUGAAAAAUCUGCAAAGGUCCCAGAAAUUCAGCCUCUUAAAUCUACAGGACUUGUAAAACAAGCUGUCACUCGGCAAGAGAGAGAGAGAGAAGAGCUUGAUUUGAAACCUUUUCCAUUCAAAGUUGAACCUGAUAUGCCCAAGAAGUCAAGAGGAGCCCCACCACCUCAACCAAGCAAGUUUAUAAAGGUCGAAUUCCACGAAAGUGACUAUGACAGUGAUUAUGAGGGCCGUAUUCCACCUAAAUGGAAACCAUCAGACAGUGAUGCUGAAGAUCAAAGCUAUGGAAGGAUCAAAGCACCAAUUAGUACACCAAAAAUUACUCGCCUUCAUGUAAGAGAACCAACCCCUCCUACAGCCUUUGAUGAACCUCCAAAGUUUGAAGGACCACCAAGGCCAAAAGUUGAUUUUCCUGAGUCUGAAACUGAACCUGAGCGAGAGGUUUCGCCAGAAAUAAUUAUUCCAGAAAAAAUUGAGAAAAUAAGAAAACCAGAACCGCCACCAAUAGUUCCAAAAGAACCAAAAAUUUUUAAAUCGCAACCACAGAAAAGAGAGCCUCCUCGAAAAAGAUCACCAUCACCAGUUUUGAAGCCCGGAUCACCACCCAUAGAAGAUUAUGUGCCACCACGGCCCCAGACAGCACCAUUUUCUAAUGCCAUUGGUGUAGAGUCAACCAAAAUCACAAAAAUAGCAGAUUCUAGUAAACAUCACCAGAGAUUUUUAACCAUGCAACAGACUACACGUGUAAUCAAGUUUACUGAUGCACGCUCAGCAUCUACAACAGUUAGUACAGCAGAAAAAACUCAGGAGUCAAAAGCAAGACCUUUGCCGAGAGAGGAACCUAAGCCAAAGCCUCUUCCACCUCUGGAGCCUUUCCCUUUUGCCCCUGAGCCAGAGAAAGCAAAGAAAGAGAGAGGUGCUCCACCACCUAAGCCUAAGAAGUUUCAGAAAGGUGAGUUUACUGAAAGUGAUUAUGAAAGUGAUUAUGAAGGUCCCAUCAAACCAAAAUGGCAGCCAACUGACAGUGAUGCAGAUGAUAUAAGCUAUAACAAGGUGAAACCAUGCCUUCGGUCAGACAGAACACCUUCAAAGGCCAGAGAGCGAACACCCACUCCUCCUACAAUCUUUGACACUCCUCCGGAAAGUGGAGGACCAUGGAGACCAAUUAUUAAGCCUUCUGAAAUAGUUAUUCUAAAGGAGCCCAGCCCUGAAGUUUUCAUCCCUAAAGAACUACCCAAGAAAAUUGAACCACCAAAGAAAAUCACAGUAAAAGUGCCAAAACAAAUUUUGAAACCUGUGGAGAGGCCAUUGUCUCCUCCUCUCCCAUCACCAGGGCCUACUCCAGAAGAAGGUAUAAUUGUGCAAGAAACUCGGUAUGUUGUAGAUAAAGUAGAUCUCCAGUCAAGAAUAAAACCUCCUGCCCUGAAAGAAAUUCAGACAUACGAAAUUAAGCCCUACACAAAGAUAACUGAAAGAACAGAGAAGACUAUAACAAACUUGAAAUUAGAAGAGGAGCUACGAAUAAGGAAAGAAAAGAAGGAAACAAAAAAGACCAUUAUCACAGAAUCUGAACAGGUUCCAGCACACCCUAAACCACCAGCGAAAUUUGAACAAACUGUAGAAAAUGAAAAGUUUCUGGAUCUGGAACCAUUCCCAUUUGAACCAGAUAAAGGCAAACCCAAACGGGAUAGGGGACCACCACCUCCAAAGCCUAAAAAGUUUAUUAAAGGAGAGUUUAGAGAAAGUGACUAUGAUAGUGAUUAUGAGAGUAGAGUUCGGCCCAAGUGGAAACCACCCGAGAGUGAUGCAGAAGACCCAGAAUAUACACCAGUUAGACCACCCCCACCCGCAGAAAGGCAUUUUUCCAAGAGCAAGGAACGUACUCCCACACCACCUUCAAAGUUUGAAGUUCCUCCUGCAUCAGGAGGACCCUUGCGCCCAACAAUUGAUCCUCUUGAUAUUCUUGAAGUGGAUGUAAAAGAGCCAUCACCUGAAAUUAUCAUACCCAAAGUAAAGGAGAAGCCUAUAUCAAAAAUUUCAAAGAUAACACCAAAGGCACCUGCAUUAAAACCGAAGGAACCGGAACCACAUAUAUCCAAGAUACCUUCUCCUCCUCUACCUGAACCUGGGCCUCGACCAGAAAUUGGCUAUAUUCAAGCUAAAGCUCCCAAAAUAGAAGAGAAGGAAGAUGUUCAUAUUAAAAUGAUAAAGAAAAAGAUAGAAGCUAAAAAGGGCUUUCAGAUUGAUAUUGAUAUUACAGAUAUAUAUGACUUUGUUUCUGAAUCAGAUCAUGAGAGAGUUGAUACAGAACAUAGCCAAACUAAACCAUUUCCUCAAUUAGUACCAUUUCCUUAUGAACCUGAUCCUAAUAGACCUAAACGGCAGCGAGGUCCACCACCACCUCAGCCAAAAAAAUUCAUGAAAGGAGAAUUCAGAGGUAGUGACUAUGAGAGUGACUAUGAAGCACCAAUUGCUCCUAAGUGGGUUCCUCCUGACAGUGAGGGGGAAGAGCAUGUUUAUCGGCGCGUUGCUCCUCCUGCUGGGGAGAUAGGGAAACAGCGAAGUGAAUCAUCUGGCAGGGACCCUUCACCUCCAUCCAAGUUCGACCAGCCACCUCAUUUUGAAGGACCACCUCGCCCAGUUAUGGACCUCUCGGAUCUACCAAGAAGAGAAAGAAGAGAGUCCUUAGAAGAGUAUUCUAUCCCUAGGUUCCCAAAGGUGGAGUUUAAGCCCUUUGAUCUAGAGGAGGAUGCUGCUGUUCAUCCUCAAGGCACCAUCACAACAGACACAGAGACUGAAACAGAAUCACAUACCAAAGAAAGCAUUGACAGAAGAUAUGUUAAAUCAGCUCAAAAAACAGUAAGUCACCAGUUUGAGGACAUGACUCAGACAUUCCGUCAUAAAGCACAAAAAUUUGCUGAGCAGUUAGUGACAGAGGUAUUUGCUGCCAGGGAGGGCUCAGUGCCAGCUGAGCCAGCAGGUGAACCCCCAUCACUACCUGAGGAGUUGAGGACCCAUUCUCUCUCACCAGACUCCACUGCAGUGCCUUCAUCUACCACAGCUGCUCAUGAGGCUUUGUCUCCUUCUCUUCAGGAACCUCAGGCAUACAGAGAUGAAUCCAGGGUCUCGGAAUUUGGCACGAAACAUAUUGACCCAGACACAGGUCUUAUCUACUUCAAAUAUGACUUUGGCUAUGAAUUUGGUGUAAUCCUUCCUGGAGAGGCAAAGAAGGUGGAGAAAACAAAGCAAGUAAAUGGAGAUCAUAGUUCUGACAUCCAAAUUCCUGUCAUUCAUGAAAAAACUGAUUCUUCUAUCAAAACUCAAAAAGAUGUUUCUAAGACUAAUGGCCAUGUCCAUUAUUUGGAAACCACUGGCCCUCAAGACUCACAAACCAUAUUAACGGAAGACUCUACAUCACCGAAAGGCAGUUCUACCCAGGGUCGCAAAACAGAUCACAUUUCUCCUCAACCAUCACUGCAGUCGGACAUCUCUGAAACAGACCGUGAGUAUCAGCAGUAUAUGGGCAAGAUGGUUCCUGAAUUUGUACCAAAGAAGCAAGCCCAGUUUCGUCCCAUCUCUGGUGACCCAUAUUCAGACAGUGAAGCAGAGUCAGAUCACCCCAGUCCAUCCAAGAUUGCCGAUUCGAGUCCUGGUAGUCAUGUGGGGCCAAAGAGGUUUGUACCUCUGGUCCCUGGUGCAGCUGUUCAGCCCAAGCCUCUUACUUUUCAAGGGUCCCCAACGGAUGCACUCGACACAACAGAACUGGGAGUACUUGGAUCCCCUCUCAGCGCUACUCCCCCUUCCACGCCUUCCACACCUCAUUCUGGUCCCCUAACACAGCCCACACGACCACCUUAUUACAUAAUGCCACUGCGCGACCUGGCCAUCGUGGCGGGAGAGGCACUGCGUCUAGAGUGCGUGGUGCAGGCGGACCCGCCCGUCCAGGUGACAUGGUCCAAAGGGGGCAUCAUCCUCCAGGAUGGGCCAGACUACCAGAUAAUCUACAGAAACGGUGUUUGUAGACUCAUCAUUCCCCAGGUCUUCCCAGAGGAUGAAGGAGUGUUCACCUGCACUGCUGUCAAUCUACUUGGGAUGGACUCCACUAGUGCGACUGUCUGCAUCACAGAUGAGGUCAUGACCUGCUGUCCCUUGCCACUCCUCCCAGUUCAGCAGGGUGUCCAGCGGGUUCAGGGCCCCACACAGAUAAUGUCCGUGGGCCUGCCGCCGGGCGCGUCCCCGCCGGUGUUCGAACAGAUCUUCCGCAAUGCUCGCUUCGCCCAAGGCGGUGACGCCAUGUUCGAGGGGAAGGUCACGGGCAAUCCCAAACCCACAGUCACCUGGACCCGCAAGGGUGCACAGAUCGCCUCCGGUAAUAAAUACCAGGUGACCCACAACGAAACGACAGGUGUAGUGACCUUACACAUUACCGCCAUCGGCCCCGGCGACGAGGGAGAGUACACCUGCACCGCCGCCAACCAGUACGGCGAGGCCAUAUGCACGGUUUACAUCCAGCCCGAGGCGGCCUUCAUGAUGCAGCAACAGCGCCAGCAGCAGCAGUCUAUGUCACAACAAAGCAAGUCCAUUAUGCAGCAGCAACAUAUGUCGCAGCAAUCAUUUUCUCAGCAGCAGCAGCAGCAACAUAUGAUGUCGGUGCAAAAUGGACUCAUGGAAUCCUUCCGUGUGGACACCUUCGAGUACCGGCUGCUUCACGAGGUGGAGUUCCGUCAGUCGCUGACCACGCGGCUGGCGGGGGAGGUGGAGUUGGAGGUCGGAGCUAUCCAGGGCCCUCCCCAGGCGCCUCAGCUCCAGCAGAAGCCCCGCUCCACCAAGGUCUCCGAUGGAGGCAACGCCACUUUCACCGUCAGCGUCAGCGGCCACCCGUCGCCUAGGGUUGUUUGGUUCAAGAACGGAAUACGUCUUCAGGCCAGUGAUAAGUACCUGAUGACCCAGUCUGCCGGACAAGUAACCCUGGUGGUGAAGCAGGUGAACUCCAUGGACAAUGGCUUCUACACCAUGCUGGCGGAGAACAACUCGGGCUGCACCGUCGCCUCCGCCCAGCUGGCCGUCGUGCCCCGGGGCGAGAUCACUAAUGGCGUCCCCGUUCCUGAGAUCAUCCGCCCCGAUAGGAUGGAGCAGCAGCAGGCUCCCCACGAGGCGGUGGAACCAGACACGGGAGACGACACCAGCAAGUCGAUGGAGCCCAAGUUUGUCCGCGGCCCCACCGACCGCGAAGUGCAGGAGGGCAGGAUGGUGCGCUUCGAUGCUCGCGUCUCUGGCAGACCUUAUCCAGAGGUGGCGUGGUAUAUUAACGGCGUACUGGUAGUGGACGACGCCACCCACAAGGUGCUGGUGAACGAGGCGGGCAACCACUCCCUCAUGAUCAACAGGGCCUCCCUCAAGGACACCGGCGUCAUCACCUGCGUCGCCAGGAACAAGACGGGAGAGGCCACAUUCCAGUGUCAGCUGAACGUUCUGGAGAUGCAGCAGAUGGUGUCCCCCAAGUUCGUGGAGCGGUUCCAGCAGUGCUCGGUGUCUGAGGGGGAGACAGUGGUGCUCCAGUGCCGCGCCGUCGGCACCCCCACGCCUGUCCUCUCAUGGCAGAAGGACGGCGUCUCCGUCGAGAAUACACAAAAUGUUAUGGUGCAGUACGACCAGAACGGAGCGUCGUGCUUGCAGAUCCUGAGUGCUGGCGCCGCAGACGCCGGCUGGUAUCAGUGCAACGCCCAGAACGCCGCCGGAUCCACAGCAACCCGCGCCCGCCUGCACGUCAAGACCCCUGCGGCUCCAGCACCUUCAGCACCCUUCCGCCCUCACUUCCCCAAGCCUACUAAGAUUAUCGAACCCGAGCCUGAACCCGAGCCCGAACUCAUCAUCCUGCGUCCCGUGGAGCGGGCUCACCACGUCCCCAAGGCCCCUGAGGAGGAGCAGACCGAACCCCCUAAGUUUACACAUCCCCUGAGGGAUAUCGAUAUUGUCGAGGGUACUCGUGCCCAUUUCGAAGCUAAGGUGAUUCCCGUCGGUGAUGCCACGAUGAAUAUUGAAUGGCUCAUCGACGGGAGACCUAUCUCUGCCAGUUCCCGUGCAACUGUGACUUACCGUUUCGGCUUCGUAGCCCUGGAUAUCCUUAAUGUUAUCAACGCGGACGCCGGCGUCUACACCUGCCGCGCCACCAACGUCAAGGGCCAGGCCGAAACCUCUGCCAACCUUCGGGUAACAGAGCGGCCAUUGAUUGAGAGCCAGACUCAGCAUCCGGAGGCUCUGGAGCAAAUCGGCUACUUGGAGGACCACGCUCGCUACCAGCGCACCGUCUCCGUCGACGAGACCUCCAAUAUCAAGCCCAGCUUCAUCAAGCCACUCACCAACCUGGGAGAGGUCUUGGAGGGCAAGUAUGCCCACUUCGAGGCCCAGCUGCAACCCGUCAGCGACCCCUUCAUGAGAAUCGAGUGGUUCAAGGAUGGCAAACACAUUACUGCUAGUUCCAGAAUCAACGUCAUCUACAACUUCGGCUACGUAGCGCUCAACAUCAUGCAGCUACGAGAGGAGGACAGCGGCACCUACACCGUCCGCGCCACCAACAGGGCUGGCGAGUGCUCCUGCCAAGCCUCCAUCAAGGUCAUCAGUCUGGUGAGCGUGACGGGAGACCUGGGCAUCCCAGAGCAGGCCCAGCACAUCAGGAGUGUCGAGGAGAUGGAGGCCUACAGGUUGCAGAUGCUUCAGAAAUCUGCAACAGACAUUGCAGAGGCAUCUACAGCCCCAGUGUUCAAGACACAGCUCAAGGACUCGACGGCCCGGGAGGGAGCCUAUGCUCACUUCGAGGCCCGCCUGGAGCCCGUUGGAGACCCCACGCUUAAAGUGGAGUGGCUGAAGGACGGUCGCCCCAUGGAAGCUAGUUCACGAAUUACUUCUUUCUUCAAUUUUGGCUACGUUGCGCUUACUGUUAAGGCAUUGAUCGUUAAGGAUGCAGGAACAUACAUCUGCCGAGCCUACAACGCCAAGGGUGAAGCUCAGGUAUCAUGCCAGCUUACUGUUAUCUCCAAGGCCGAUCAAGAAGGAGAAUCUCAGUAUGAAGAUACUGUCUUGAAAAUGCAGUACCUUGAAGAUUCCUCUCGCUUCAAGAGGACAGAAACCGAAGACGUCUCCACUGUGGCCAUACCUCCAAAAUUCCUUGGUCCAUUGAAGGGUACCAACAAGAUCGUUGAAGGACAAAAAGCUCACUUCGAAAUUCGUCUUGAGCCUCAGAGUGAUCCUACAAUGACAGUUGAAUGGUACUUCAAUGGACAAGUAAUAAUGUCAGCAUCCCGAAUCAAGACUUACCAUGACUUCGGCUAUGUGUCACUGGACAUUUCUGACGUGCGUCAGGCUGACGCCGGCCAGUACACUGUGGUGGCCCGCAACGCUCUCGGCCAGGCUCAGAUGUCCACUGUCAUGACAGUUGAAACUCGAUCAGCCAUCGAUACCAGCUCAAUGCACGAGGUAAGUCUUAGCAAGACAGCUGCUUUGGAGCGCCGCCACCAAGAACCACAGUAUGAUAUUGAGGAGCUCACAAAGUCUAAGCCAGAAUUUACUCAGCCUCUGCAGGACCCAAAUCCCUUGCCAGAGGGUAAGAACGUUCAUCUUGAAGCUCGUCUUGAGCCCAUGAACGACCCGACCAUGAAGGUAGAAUGGUUCUUCAAUGGCAAGCCUAUUACCAUUGGCUCUCGUUUCAAGACAUACUUUGAUUUCGGUUUUGUUGCUUUGGACAUUCUUGGAGCUUACACCACUGACUCUGGUGAGUACACUUGCCGUGCAGAAAAUUAUCUUGGCAGUGCUCAUACAUCUUCCUGCGUGCGCGUCCUGGGCACUGGUGAUAUUCAGACAGACACCAUGCACGACAAUGCUAUGGAGCAGAUCCAUUACCUUGAAGACGCCUCACGCUACCAGCGAACAGCUGAAGAACAAGCUGAAAUCAACCAGGAACCGAACUUCGUCAAGUCACUGAAGAAUAUCGAGACAGUUGAGGGCACCAACAUUCACCUGGAAGCCCGCCUGCAGCCUGUAGGAGACUCAUCAAUGAGAGUCGAGUGGUUCUUUAAUGAGCAGCCACUGAAAGUUGGGCAUCGUUUCAGACCCGCUUAUGAUUUCGAUUAUGUAGCUUUGGAUCUGUUAAGUGUAUACCCCAUCGACUCUGGUAUCUACACCUGCAAGGCUACCAACCGCCUCGGACAGGCUGUCACUUCUGCAUCGGUCAAAGUUACUGCCAAGAAGGAUCUAGUGUUCGACUCAGAACACCCUGAGAGCCUACAGAAACUUCAGUAUCUGGACGACAGUUCACGUUAUCAGAGACGUGAGACAAUGGAAGAAGUUUCUGUCAAGAUUAAGCCACGUUUUUUGACUAAACUGAAGGACGUAACUUUAAGAGAAGGCAUGCAUGCUCACUUUGAAGCCAAGAUUGAGCCAAUUACAGAUCCCAAUCUCCGCAUCGACUGGUUCCGUGACGGACAACCCAUCCAAAUGGGUUCUCGAUUCCGUCUGAUCCACGAUUUUGGUUACGUGGCUCUAGAUAUCUCUGAUCUCAUCGAAGAAGACUCUGGUGUUUACACUUGCGUGGCCACGAAUCUGAUGGGGAAAGACGAGAUUUCAGCCAACCUAAAGUGUCUGAAUGCGUCGGGAGUAGUGAUGGAGUCCCAGGGUCAGACAUUGACUAUGGAGCAGCUGCAGAUGUUGGAGGACCGUAGCCGCUACACCCGCACUGAACAGGUGGAAGAGACCACCAAACAGGCUCCUGUCUUCACCACCUCACUAAAGAACAUCGAGAUCCUGGAGGGUCAGCGUGCACACUUUGAAGUCCGCCUCAUCCCCACCUCUGACCCUACCAUGAAGGUCGAGUGGUUCCACAACAACGUCCCCGUCAAGAGUGGCUCCCGUUUCACUGAGUAUAAUGACUUCGGCUUUGUAGCUCUUGAUAUCAUGUAUGCCUAUGCAGAGGACUCUGGCACCUACACCUGCCGUGCUACCAACGUCAUUGGUCAAGCGGUCAGCAGCUGUAAUCUGGUGUGCCACACUAAAGAUUCAAUCCUGAUGGAAACCAUGAAUCAGGAUGCUAUGAAUAAAAUCUCACGCCUGGAAUCUCGCAGCCAGCGCACCAUCACCACCGAGGAGACCACUAUGCAGGCACCCGUCUUUACCUCACCAAUCAAAGACCAGAGACUCGCUGAGAAUGCUCCUCUACACUUUGAGGCUCGCCUUAUUCCUGUAGGCGACCCUGACCUCAAAGUGGAGUGGUUCAAGAACAAUAUCCCUAUCCAGCAAGCAAACCGCAUUUCCACCAUGCACGACUUCGGUUAUGUUGCUCUGGACAUGAAGUAUGUCAACCCGGAAGACUCUGGCACCUACACUUGCCGUGCCACAAAUCGUCUAGGCCAGGCUGUCACCUCUGCUACACUAAUGGUGUCAUCCAAGGAAUCCCUGUUGCUGGAGUCUCAGCACAGUGAGGCGCUGGAGAAGCUGCGCUACCUCGAGGAUUCCUCCCGUUACACCAAGUCCACCACCGAGGACACCGUCAUCACCCAGGCACCCAGGUUCGUGGUGAAGCUGUCCGGCAUGACACAGCUGUGGGAGGGCCAGAGUGCUCACGUCGAAUGCCGCCUGGAGCCCUAUCCAGACCCAAGCAUGAAGGUCGAGUGGUUCCAUAACGGCAAGUCCCUCCAAGUCGGCCACAGGUUCAGGACCAUGUACGACUUUGGGUUCUGUGCUAUGGAUAUUCUUCAAGCAGUAGCUGAAGACUCUGGCACAUACGAAGUCAGGGCAACUAACCGAGUAGGCACCGCCACCUCCUCCAUCACCAUAGAGGUUAAACCCAAGAGCGACUUUAUUAUUGAAACCCAGCACCCAGAAGCCAUGGCUCAGAUCACCCGCCUUGAGCAGAAGGCACCCAGUAAGCGACCUGAAGACGCUGUGGUGAUCGAAAAGCCCCACUUCGGGCGUUCUCUCAGGAACCAAGAGCACCUGAUAGAGGGACAGGCAGUGCACAUGGAAGCAACGCUCACUCCCGUCAACGACCCCACCAUGAAGGUCGAAUGGUUCUUCAAUGGCCAGCCAAUUCCAUCAGGUCAUCGGUUCCGUACAACGUACGACUUCGGCUUCGUGGCUCUGGAUAUUCUUUACGCCUACCCAGAAGACUCGGGCACAUACAUGUGCAAGGCGACCAACGCAGCGGGCCAGGCUGUCACCUCUUGCAGCAUCGGGGUGGAGGGUACCGGCAGCAUGCAGACGGAGACUCUGGAUGAGCAGCGCCUGCGCAAGAUUCGCCAGCUGGAGGCUAUGGGCCAACGCGCCGAGGAGGCCAAGGAACAGGUCUUCCAGAAGCCCGUCUUCAUCACCCCGCUUAUCAGCUUGGACAACCUGGCGGAGGGCGAGCGCUGCCACUUGGAGUGUCGCCUCGAGCCCAUCAACGACCCCAACCUCAAGGUCGACUGGUUCGUCAACGGUGUCGAGAUCAAGGCCGGUCACCGCUUCCGUACAACACACGACUUCGGCUACGUGGCUCUGGACAUCCUGUACACGUACGCUGAAGACUCCGGCACUUACCUCUGCAAAGCUACCAACAAAAUGGGAGAAGCCGUCAACUCUUGCAACGUCAAGGUCUCAGCCCGGCGCUCCAUCUACCUGGACACCCAGCACCCCACUGGCUGGGAGAAGAUCCAGAACCUAGAGCAACGCGGCCGCUACGAGCGUAUUGAGGUUGCUGAGGCGCCCAUGCAGGCUCCCAGGUUCACUUCAGAGCUCAGGGGCAACACACUACUAUCAGAAGGACAACACGUUCACUUGGAGGGUCGUAUCGAGCCUGUGCACGACCCGAGCAUGCGUGUGGAGUGGUACCAUGAUGGCAAAGCCCUGCAGUCCGCAGCGCGCUUCCACACCACCUUUGACUUCGGCUACGUGGCUCUGGACAUCACCACCGUGUACGCCGCAGACUCCGGCGAGUACACCUGCCGUGCCUUCAACCACAUUGGUGAGGCUACGUCCUCAAUCUCAUUCAAGGUGGAGGGCAAGGAGGGCGUGAUCUACGAGUCCGCACGCCCCGAGGGUCUAGAGAAGAUCCGCCAGCUGGAAGACAGUACUCGGGUGGCUCGCCAGGUGUCCGAAGAUACACGCACCUUCCAGCGUCCGGUGUUCACUCAACCUCUGCAAAACCUAGACAACCUCACCGAGGGUGAGACAGCUCACUUCGAGUGUCGUCUCAUCCCCGUCGGCGAUCCCAACCUCAAAGUGGAAUGGUUCAGGAAUGAAAAACCAAUCGAGACAAGUUCCCGCAUCAACCGUACCCACGACUUCGGGUAUGUGGCUCUGGACAUCAGCGGAGUGCGUCCUGACGAUGAAGGCAUCUACAUGUGCCGCGCCUACAAUGACCUGGGUGAGGCAGUCACCACUGCCUCCAUCAAGAUCAAAUCUCACGCAACCAUUCAGCUGGAGACCCAGCACCCUGAGGGCAUGCGCAAGAUCCAGGCUCUGGAAGAACGCAAACCAGCUGCUCGCGGCGAUGAUGUAGAAAAGGUGUACGACAAGCCUGUCUUUACAACUGCACUGACUGGGCCAUCCCAGAUUAUGGAAGGACAGAGUGCUCACUAUGAAUGCCGAGUCGUGCCCGUUGGAGACUCCAACAUGAGAUACGAGUGGUAUUGUAAUGGCGUCGAACUCAAAAUGGGUUCAAGGUUUAAGACUGCCCACGACUUCGGCUACGUGACACUGGACAUUCUUCAGUGUGUUCCUGAGGAUUCCGGCGUGUACAUGUGCAAGGCUUUCAACUUGGCCGGAGAGGCAGUAAGCUCCUGCACCACCAGGGUCGUUGCUAAGGACAGCAUCCUGGGCGAUGCUCUUCAUCCCGGCUGGGAGACCAUCCGCCUACGUGAGACUCAGUGGAACCGUGUCCCCGAGACCCCAACCUCCCCAGAACAUCUCGAGCCUCCCAUCUUCACCAAGCAUCUCGAGAGUCACGAACGUCUUGAGGAGGGAGGCAACGUGCGUCUCGAGGCUCAAGUCCAACCCGCUCAUGACCCCAACCUAAGCAUUGAAUGGUUCAAGAAUGGCAUCCAACUGGCUACCGGCACACGCGUCCGCAGUACCUUUGAUUUUGGCCACGUGACGCUGGAGAUCUCCGGUCUCCGUGAGAAUGACUCCGGCAUUUACACCUGCAAGGCUGUCAACCGUGUGGGAGAAGCCACCUCCACCUGCAACAUCAAGGUCUUCGAUCGCGACUGGCUGAUUGGAGAGUCCGUACACCCGGAGGCUCUCACCAAGAUCGCCCAGCUGGAGAAACCGACAGAGGGCCCCGGCUCCCCUGAGGAACCCACCUUCGACGUGCCCGUCUUCAUCUCCCACCUCAACAACGUGGAGUGCCGCGAGGGUGACACUGCACACUUUGAGUGCAGGGUCGAGCCUUCCCGAGACCCAACCAUGAAAAUUGAAUGGUUUAUCAACGGGAAGCCAAUGCAGGCGGCGUCUCGAUAUGCUGCCACUUAUGACUUCGGAUUCGUGUCCCUGGACUGUACUCAUUGCUACGCCGAGGACUCGGGCAUAUACAUGUGCCGCGCCACCAAUUCAAAGGGUUCAGCCUCUACCACUGGCACUCUUAAGUGCCUAAGCAAGGCCAACCUCUACUUCGACACCCAGCACCCGCAGGGCAGAGCUGGCCUCGAAAAGGUGGAAGAGGCUGAGCGCGCCUACUGGGCCAAGUACCAGAGGCAGAUGUCUGAACGGGAAGUCACCUACCCGAAGCCCUUCUUUGUCAGGCCUCUGCAGACCAAUUUCUCUCUCAAUGAGAACCAGGCUCUGCAUAUGGAGGCUAACGUCGAGCCCAAGCAAGACCCCGACCUUAAGAUUGAAUGGUUCUUGAAUGGCAAGGUGGUGGAACAAGCCUCACGCUUCAAGACCAGCUACGACUUCGGCCUGGUCACCCUCAACCUGAACGAUGCCUACGAGCGCGACCAGGGCAUCUACACCUGCCGCGCCUUCAACAAGGCCGGGGAGGCAUACAGCACGUCGACCGUUGUGGUGGGCAGCAAGGACGCGCUCAUUGAGAGCACACAACAUCCUGCCGGAGAGGCCGGACUUGACGCCAUCCUGAAAAUGGAGGAGAAGAACCUUCGUCGCGCCGACCGCGAGUUGCCGGAUGAAGAGGGUCACCCACCUGUGUUUACCAUACCAUUCAAGAAUUUGAGCAACCUGGAAGAAGGUGAGAUUGCUCACUUCGAAGCAAUGCUAACUCCUGUUGGUGAUCAGUCGAUGAGGGUAGAAUGGUUCUUCAACGGUGAACCUCUCAAGGCCUCACACAGAGUCAGAACUGUCUAUGCUUUUGGAAUGGUUGUGCUUGAGAUCCUAGGAACAAAGAUCUCUGAUAGUGGAGAAUACACUUGUAAAGCACACAACAAGUGGGGCAAAGCAGAAUGUUCCGUCACCCUGGAGUGUGUUGAUCGUGCCCAUGGUCAACCGCCCAAGUUCACUUCUCAGGUCCAGAGCUUAGAGGGCCUGAAGGAUGGCGAUUCUGCUCACUUUGAAUGUACUCUAAUUCCCAUUGGCGAUCCUAACAUGAAAGUAGAAUGGUUCCACAAUGGCGUGCCUUUGCGUAACGCUACUCGUAUAAAGACUGUCAGCGACUUUGGUUUUGUGGUGCUGGAUAUUGCCUAUUUACAAAACCAUGAUGCUGGAGAGUGGUUGUGUAAAGCAACCAACAAAUAUGGUGAAGAUACAACAAAGGCUUUCCUCAACUGCUUCGGUAUGGGAGGAGUUUACACUGAAUCUCUACAGCCCGGUUCUCUUGACAAAAUUGCUGCCCUAGAGGGCCACAAGACAACACUUAAAGCACCUACAGCGCCUUCAGCGGCAGAGCCACCUAAAUUUAUCACACAAAUUAGCAACAUUGAGCGAAUGGUGGAGGGCCAGAGUGCCCACUUUGAGGCUCGUCUGACGCCCGUUAAUGACUCGAACCUUGUCGUUGAGUGGUAUAAGAAUGGUAAGAAGCUUCCAUCUGGUCAUCGUUAUAGGACCUUCCAUGACUUUGGCAUUGUUAUUCUUGAUAUUCUGUACUGCUACGAGGAAGAUUCAGGUGAAUACGAGGCCCGAGCAGUCAACAAGCUUGGCGAGGAUAGGACCACUGCUACGCUCAAGUGCCUCAGCAAGACAAAUCUUAUUCUGACACCUCAAGUGCCAAAAGGAAUGGAAGGAGGCUUGCAGAAGCUCCAGAACUUGGAAGACUCCGCCUGGGUGCGUCGUGAUUCUGUCACAUCUGAGAGGAUUGGUAUGGCACCUAAAUUCACUGUUCCUCUUAGUAACAUUGAUAGCUUGAAGGAAGGUGAAAAUGCUCACUUCGAAGCUCGUCUUGUGCCCACCGAUGAUCCUCGUCUUAAGGUUGAAUGGUACUGGAAUGGUAAGCCCAUGAAAUAUAGCUCUCGCAUUCGCCAGUUCUGUGACUUUGGCUUUGUUAUUAUGGAAAUCUCUCCUAUCUACCCAGAAGACUCUGGUGAAUAUAUGUGCAGAGCAUUUAAUGACUAUGGCGAAGCCGUCACUAAGGCUACACUCAAAUGUGAAGGCAAACGGUCCAUUAUCCUAGAAAGUCAGCUGCCAAAGUCCAUGCAAAAGGGCAUGGAAAGGAUUGCUGAAUUGGAGGGUCUUAUGAUUAAAUCUCCUGAUCUGGGAACACCAACAGAUGCUGGACAACCACCUCAGUUCGUCACACAACCUCAAGAUUCAACUAUUCAAGAAAAUGGUUUGGCUCACUUCGAGUGUCGUCUUUUGCCAGUUAACGAUCCUAACCUUCGUGUUGAGUGGUACCACAAUGGUCGUCCUCUUAGUGCUGGCUCACGAAUUAAGACGAUCAAUGACUUUGGGUAUGUCAUCCUCGAGAUGGCCAAUUGUUACGGAAAGGAUUCUGGCACCUACACAUGCCGAGCUGUUAACAAGCAUGGGGAAGCAUCGGUAGAAUGCAAAUUAGUUGUUUCCAGCAAGAGUGGCAUUAUUUUGGAACCACAAGCAACUGGAAAAUUCAGGGAUUUAACUCAGUCUAUUCAGAAACUAGAGGACAGCAUGUACAAGAAGGAGGCUAUUGUUCAAGAAGAAGAAAAGCCUUGUCCACCUCGCUUUGUCACCAAUCUCGAGGAUAUCAAUGAUUUAGUUGAAGGUCAACCUGCACACUUCGACUGUAGAGUGGAGCCUGUUGGAGAUCCCACCAUGCGAAUUGAAUGGUUCCACAAUGGCAUGCCCCUUGCAGCUGGAUCCCGUGUACAUAUGAUGGAUGACUUCGGUUUUGUUGUCCUUGACCUGGAAUGGACUUUCGCACGUGACACUGGCGAAUAUAUCUGUCGUGCCACCAACAAGUGGGGCCAAGCUACUACCAAGGCCAUGCUCAAUGUCCGGUUUAAGCAUGGAGUUGACAUGAGCACACAGCUGCCACAGGGCAUGACGGCUGAAAAGCUGAAAGAAUUGGAGCGUGGUCCUCUUACUGAGAAAUUCGAAGUUGAUGCUGAAAUGCAACCUCCCAAGUUUACUGUUCCCAUUAAGAGUCAGAGCAUGCAGGAGGGUGAACGUGCCUUCUUUGAAGCCCGAGUUGAACCUCGCAAUGACCCAAAUCUCCGUGUUGAAUGGUACCACAAUGGUAAAGCUUUGCAGUCUGGUCACCGUUUCAGGACGAGUUUCGAGAUGGGUCACGUGACUCUGGAGCUGCUUCACACCUACGCUGAAGACUCUGGUGAAUACGUUUGCCGAGCUUACAACAAGCUUGGCGAAGACUUCACAAGGGCAACCCUUAAGUCCAAGGCAAGUCAGUCGGUGGUGCUUCAGUCGCAGGUUCCUAAGGGUAUGAAGAGCGGCUUGGACUUCGCGUCCCAGAUGGAGGAGACCCUCAAGAAGUACUGCAAGGAGGUGUUGCUUACACAGGAAGACAUUUAUGAUCCCGAGAAGAGGCAACCUCCUCGCUUCGUCACGCAAAUUAAGGAUGUGAAGGAUCUGAAGGAAAUGGAAGAAACUAAGUUUGAUUGUCAGUUAGCUCCUGUGGGCGAUCCCAACAUGAAGGUGGAAUGGUUCUUCAACGGCCGCCCAUUGCCAUUCAAAAAUCGCUUCACUCCCAUCUACGAUUUCGGCUACGUUGCUCUUAUAAUGAACUGGAUAUUUGGCGAAGACUCAGGUGAAUACCUGUGCAGAGCAACCAACCUAUGGGGCAUGGAUGAGACGAGGGCCACCCUCAGGGCAACCAGCCGCCCUGGUGUCAUCUACGACUCACAGAUCCCCAAGGGCAUGCAGUCCCUCGAGAAGAUCAGGGAACUGGAAGCCUCCUGGCAAAUUGCUCCUGAGACCGCCAUUGAAGAGGACAAGCCGCGCACCAAGCCCGAGGUCCUGAAGAAGCCGGAGAGCCUGGAGGUGCAGGAGGGAGACUGGGCACGCUUCAGCAUUCGAGUGUCUGGUCACCCAAGGCCCAGGGUCAUGUGGAUCGUCAACGGCUCCACAGCUAUGAGUGGAAAUCGUUUCAAGAUCUGGUAUGACGGCAUGUAUCACUUGGACAUCCCCAAGACUCGCCAGUACGACAACGGUAAGGUGGAGGUCAUCUGCCGUAACUCUCUCGGCGAGAGCUACGCCUGCUGUGAGCUCAAGGUCAAUCCUCGCCAGGACGAUUACCGCGCUGUUCUCAAGAACUCGCCCAAACCUUGGUAUGACUAUGACCUCAAGAGUUACCAGAAGGAGCGCCAGGAGACCGAACUCGAUCGUGUCUUCGAGGAAAAGAUUGAUUCUGACUACUCGAUCCUGCACGAGUCCAAGUUUGGAGAGUACAUGGCCAAGCCUCUGGAUAAGACAGAGGAAACUGAGUGGCAAAAACUGGCCAGACAAAAGAAUGCCGGAGAGAAGAUCAAGGAGCUGGAGGACACCCAGAGAACGAAGGGACGCAACAAGGACGUGCACAUGUUCGCCUCGCCGGCCGAGCACGCCGCCCAGCACUCCCUGGCCAAGGGCAUGGCCUCCAGAUACGAGGAACAGUUUGAUGCGGAGGUUGACUCCCGCCAGACCCCCGUGCAUAAGGCGCCUAAACGGGUCUUAAGGGACGCAAAGGAUGUGCGCCACGAUGAGACCACUUUGCUGCAACGGGAGGCAGAGCCUUCUGAGUCCGUCGUCCAUGGCAAGGAGAUUCACACAGCCGUACAGAAACAAACACAGAAGGAGAUUCAGGGAGAUCUGGAGAUCCACCGCACCAUUACUGCCACAGAAAAGACUGAGAUGGAGCAUACAGGCAAAACCACUGAGCGUUUGGUCCAGGGUCAGCCUCAGAAACCAGCCAAACCUCCAUUCUUUACCAAGAAGAUUCAACCAUGCCGAGCCUUUGAAAGAGAGCCAGCUCGCUUCCAGGUCGAAUUUGACGGUGAUCCCAAUCCUACCAUUCAGUGGUAUCGUGAAGACUUCCUCAUUACUAGUUCCCCCGAUUUCCAGAUUCAUACCUUCGGUGAUAAGAGCAUCCUGGUAAUCCGUGAAGUAUUCCUGGAGGAUUCUGGGUUGUUCGCCUGUGUGGCUGAGAAUCGUGGAGGACGAGCCAAGUGCUCUGCUAACCUGGUUGUUGCAGAACGUAAACAGAGUCGUGGAGGUGUAGUACCACCCAGUUUCUCUCAGACCAUCCAAGACACAGUCGGUAAGCCAGGCAGUCUAGUGCGACUCGACGCUAAGAUCCACGGAACCCCACCCAUUGACACCUACUGGUUGAAGAAUGGCACUAAACUUUCUCAGAACAUGCACUAUAAGAUGCUAGUUGAGGAUGAGACGUACACACUCUUGAUCAUCGAGGCUGUACCAGAAGACAGUGCAUCUUAUGAAUGUGUUGCCAUCAACAAGGCAGGUGAAGGUCGGUGUCAAGCCACCGUCGAGGUUGUGGGUCCUCGGCCCACCCAGACACCAGCCGCACCCUCAGGUGUUCCUCAGGCUCCCAAAAUUGUUCAAAAAUUGAAGUCACAAGUUGUUCAAGAGGGCCAAGGUGCAUUCUUCGAGUGUAUCAUCACUGCCUCACCUAAACCUAAGAUACAGUGGAUGAAGGGCAAAGCUCCUAUCAAACAGAGCAAAUACUUUACCAUGACAGCUGAUGGUGACCGCUACACUCUCCGCAUCUCUGAGGCCUUCCCUGAAGACGAAGGCACCUACUUCUGCGUCGCCACCAACCCAUCCGGAAAGUGCACCGUGGAGGCGAAACUACAGGUGUUUCAGCCAAAGCAGGCUGACGUAGCGCCCUCUAUUGCUCCCCUCGAGCCUGUGACGGUGUUGGAGGGCCAAGGUGUUCGUUUCAACACAGUGGUGGUGGGAACUCCCCUACCUGGAGUCCAGUGGUACCGCGAAGGAGCCCUUAUCCCACCCUCUAGGGACUUCGAGAUGUUCAUGGAAGGUAACACGGCCGUCCUGGACAUCAAGGAGACCUAUCCAGAGGACACAGGUACCUUCACCUGUAGGGCCACCAACACUGCCGGCCAAGCCGAGACCUCCACCAUGCUCACGGUUAAAAGUUCAUUUACCGAGGUCGAAGACUCUAUCCGGCUUACAAGUCGGGCACAAGAGAGAGAAUCACGAAGGCAUCGAUGGGUUUCUCCAAGUCCCGCCAGGUGGCUGUCUCGCAGCCCGGCAAGGCCCUUCAGAGACACAAGCGUCCCUGGAAGUGAUGCACAUCCUCGCUUUAGACAGAGAACUGAAGAAGACAUAGAGAAGAAAAAGAGAGAAACCGCGCCAUGGCUACUCGAGAAAAAGACUGAAGAUAUUGGAUCAGCUGCAUCAAAACUUAAGAAAUCUACUAGAAUGCUGGAACCCAAAGAACCAGAAAGGUGGACAAUUCCUAAGGUCGAACUCAAGAAAUCUCAGCAAAGAAAGUUUGCUCCGGAGGAAACCAAGCUUGAGUCGGUUGAGCUUGCACACUUUGAGGGACUCAAGAAGCCGGUACAAGAACCGGGCAAGGAGGGAAGCCCUGAGUCUGACUUCGACGACGAUGAUUAUGAAAUUAUUUCCGAGGGUGAAUAUGGCGAGUUUGGUGAAGACGAGAUACCAGAUCAGGCGCCAAGGAGCAGAGGAAGAGUUCAUAGGGAACUGACAAAGGAAAGAUAUCAGCGGAAAGCAAAGGACACUACACAGUUAAAGGAAGGGAAGAAGCCAGUGUAUCGUAGAAGACGAGUGAAACCUCAAGAAGGUACUGAUGAGGAGGUUCACUUAAAACCAGUCAAGUACACACCAGAAGCUCCUGAAGGGGAUGAAAAGCCGCAUCUGAAGCCUUUUCAGAAAGUGAAAUCUGAACCAGAAGAUACGACAGAUGGGGAGAUUAAAGCUCCUCUGUGGAGAGUCAAGAAGCUUCCUCAACGACAAGAGGAGAAGGAAGGUGUCACACUUAAACCUUUUAAAACUGACAAAGCCAAAGAACCGGAAUCAGUCUCUCUGGCCGAAGAAGUUCCUGAAGAUGGCUCUAAACCUGAUGAGGAAAAAAUCCAUGAACCAGAAAAAUUGAAGCCAAAAGUUGGUAAGAGGCUUCCUAAAGACAAAGAAGAACCAGAGAAAUUUGUGUUGCCAAAGGUGCAGCUCAAGAAAACACAUCGCUCUCACCUUGUUCCUGAAGACACAACACUUGAAACUGUGGAGCUCACGCAUGUAGAGAAGCUGAAAAAAGUGAAGACAGAGAAGGAUCAACGUGAUCUGAGCCCUUUACCUGAUAAGGAAAUGUAUCGUUAUGAGGAAUUACUCGAUGACCACCAAGUUUCCUUGGACACUUGGGAAGAGAUAAAACGAAAAGAAAUAGAAACACAAGAACGCAUUGAAGACACUGACACAUAUCAACGUAAGCCCAAAGAGCAAGCUUCUGAAAUCGAUGAAGAUCGUGUCAUGAAAUUAGGAAAGGGACGGUGGAAACCAGAGGAAAAAUUGGAGCAGAUUAAGUUCAAACCAGGAAAGCGCCUCCCUAAACCUUCGGAAGAGGAACCAGAAAUGCCUCAUUUAAAACCAUUUACAAAGAAAAUUAUAACACAGGAGGAUGAGAAAGACCAGGUAUCUCUGAAGCCUGGUAAAAGACCAACAAAACGUGUCCCUGAAGGUGAAUCUACAGAUUUGAAACCAUAUGAGCGUACUGAAGUAGACAUCGCUGAUAAAGACGAAGUAGAACCUCACAAAAUUCACAAAUCAAUCUAUGAGACUGAGCUUCUUAGAGAGGAAGAGUCUAAGAUAAAAACAGAUCUGACAAAACGAGAGGAAGAGGAAGAAAUAUCAAAAGUGCCUUCCUGGAGAGUCAAGAGACUUCCCCGAAAAGACGAGGAAAAAGAAGAGGUGGUGUUGAAACCCUUCCAGAAAGGAAAGCCUGAAGAACCUAGAUCAACUCGAAAAUUAAAAGUCGGUAAGCCAUACGAACCGAAAGCUUCUGAAUCCGAAAAAAUUGAGAAUGAAGAGUUUCUUGAUGAAUUUAUUGAAACUGAUGAUAAAAUACAGGAUGAGUACCAAGAGAGCAUAGAUGAAACAACGACGAAGCCUUAUCCCUUCAGUAAACCACCUGACUCUCAGGAGGCUAAAUUAAAGCCUCAUAAAAGACCAGGGAUUCAAGUGCCUCAAAAAGAAGAAUUCACAAUUCCAAAGGUCACACUUAAGAAAACGAUACCAAGAAAGUUUGUCCCAGAGGAAACCACUCUUGAAUCUGUAGAUCUUGAGCACGUGGAGAAACCAAAGAAGCCCGAGCCCACAAAGGAAAAGCGAGAAUGGAGUCCAGUGCCAGACUAUGAGACAUAUGCUCCAGACGAGCUGCCGGAGAGGGAACCUGUCGAACUUGAGAAACCUGAUACAUUUGAACCCACUGAAAGGACAAAAGAUGAGAGGGAGCAAGAAAAGGAUAAGUAUCAGCGCAAGCCAAAGGAAAAGACAGAAUAUGAAGAAGAAAAGAAGUUGAAACUUGGCAAAGGUCGGUGGCCACCAGAGGAGGAAGAGGAACAAAUAAAGCUUAAGCCAGGGAAACGCUUGCCUUGGCAACCUGAAGAGGAGAAAGAAGUACCACAUUUGAAACCCAUACCCAGGAGAAAGCCGGAGACAGAAGAUAAAGAGAAAGUGCCUCUGAAGCCAGGCAAGAGACCAUCCAAAGACAUUCCAGAAAGAGAACCAAUGGAGCUGCAACCAUUCGAGCAGGUCGAGCGAGAGAUUCCUGACAGAGAUGAGGUACAACUAGAGGAACCUCUCAAACCUAAGUCCAAGCCUAAAAAGAAACCCAUCAGUGAAUCUGACAUGCCAAAGCCAUUUGAUACAGUGAAAACUCCUGACGAUGAAAUUAAGCCAAGGAAAGAGCGAACAAAGCCAGACAGGAAAGAAGAGGAAAAAGAGUCUCCUUCAUGGAAAAUUAAGAGGAUUCCUCCUAAAGAAGAAGUUAAAGAAGAAAUUAUUUUAAAACCAUUCACUAAGGAUAAACCUGAAGAGCCUAAACCGGCUCGAAGGCCCAAACCUGGCAAACCAUACGAACCAGAAGUUCCCGAGCCAGAGAAAACCCCUCUGGAACCAUACAGGAAAACUGACAAAGAAAAGGUUAGUGAACUUGAACGACAGAGAGAUCUAGAGGACUUGAAGGUUGAUGAAACAGUGACAGAUAUUAGAGAAGAUGAGCUUCCUGUUCACCCAGACAAGGUUCAGGCAAAGCCCGGCAAAAGACCUCAGAAAGAAAAGCCGCAAAAAGAAGAGUUCUCAAUACCCAAAGUGGCAUUAAAGAAAACGGUGCCAAAGAAGUUUGUUCCUGAAGAAGAAAAGCUCGAAUCGGUAGAUCUUGAGCAUGUAGAGAAACCAAAGAAGCCCGAGCCGACAAAGGAAAAGCGAGAAUGGAGUCCAAUGCCAGACUAUGAGACAUAUGCUCCAGACGAGCUGCCGGAGAGGGAACCUGUCGAACUUGAGAAACCUGAUACAUUUGAGCCCACUGAAAGGACAAAAGAUGAGAGGGAGCAAGAAAAGGAUAAGUAUCAGCGCAAGCCAAAGGAUAAAACAGAAUAUGUUGAAGAAAAGAAGUUGAAACUUGGCAAAGGUCGGUGGCCACCAGAGGAGGAAGAGGAACAAAUAAAGCUUAAGCCAGGGAAACGCUUGCCUUGGCAACCUGAAGAGGAGAAAGAAGCACCACAUUUGAAACCCAUACCCAGGAGAAAGCCGGAGACAGAAGAUAAAGAGAAAGUGCCCUUGAAGCCAGGCAAGAAACCAUCCAAAGACAUUCCAGAAAGAGAACCAAUGGAGCUGGAACCAUUUGAGCAGGUCGAGCGAGAGAUUCCUGACAGAGAUGAGGUACAACUAGAGGAACCUCUCAAACCUAAGUACAAGCCUAAAAAGAAACCCAUCAGUGAAUCUGACAUGCCAAAGCCAUUUGAUACAGUGAAAACUCCUGACGAUGAAAUUAAGUCAAAGAAAGAGCGAACAAAGCCAGACAGGAAAGAAGAGGAAAAAGAAUCUCCUUCAUGGAAAAUUAAGAGGAUUCCUCCUAAAGAAGAAGUUAAAGAAGAAAUUAUCUUGAAACCAUUCACUAAGGAUAAACCCGAAGAGCCUAAACCGGCUCGAAGGCCCAAACCUGGCAAACCAUAUGAACCAGAAGUUCCCGAGCCAGAGAAAACCCCUCUGGAACCAUACAGGAAAACUGACAAAGAAAAGGUUAGUGAACUUGAACGACAGAGAGAUUUGGAAGAUUUGAAGGUUGAUGAAACAGUGACAGAUAUUAGAGAAGAUGAGCUUCCUGUUCACCCAGACAAGGUUCAGGCAAAGCCCGGCAAAAGACCUCAGAAAGAAAAGCCGCAAAAAGAAGAGUUCUCAAUACCCAAAGUGGCAUUAAAGAAAACGGUGCCAAAGAAGUUUGUUCCUGAAGAAGAAAAGCUCGAAUCGGUAGAUCUUGAGCAUGUAGAGAAACCAAAGAAGCCCGAGCCGACAAAGGAAAAGCGAGAAUGGAGUCCAGUGCCAGACUAUGAGACAUAUGCUCCAGAGGAGCUGCCAGAGAAGGAGCCUGUCGAACUUGAGAAACCUGAUACAUUUGAACCCACUGAAAGGAUAAAAGAUGAGAAGGAGCAAGAAAAGGACAAGUAUCAGCGCAAGCCAAAGGAAAAGACAGAAUAUGGAGAAGAAAAGAAGUUGAAACUUGGCAAAGGUCGGUGGCUGCCAGAGGAGGAAGAGGAACAAAUAAAGCUUAAGCCAGGGAAACGCUUGCCUUGGCAACCUGAAGAGGAGAAAGAAGCACCACAUUUGAAACCCAUACCCAGGAGAAAGCCGGAGACAGAAGAUAAAGAGAAAGUGCCUCUGAAGCCAGGCAAGAGACCAUCCAAAGACAUUCCAGAAAGAGAACCGGUGGAACUGGAACCAUUCGAGCGGGUCGAUUCGGAUAUUCUUGAUAAAGACAAGGUACAACUGGAAGAACCUGUCAAGCCUGAGCCCAAACUUAGAGAAAAACCGUCAACAGAACCUGGACGGCCAAUUCCAUGGGAGGAAAAACUUGAGGAGGAGGGAAAACCUAAGCCAAAGAAGGAGAGGACAAAGCCAGAGAAGGAGGAGGAAGAAUCUGAAUUACCCUCAUGGAGAGGCAGGAGAUUACCUCCCAAAGAAGAAGAGAAAGAAGAUGUACAACUGAAACCAUUCGAGAAGCCGAAACCCACAAAGCCAAAACCAAAACCUAAGCAUAAACCAGGCACACCAUAUGAGCCUGAGAUUCCUGAGCCAGAAAAGACUCCUCUUGAGCCAUAUGAUAAACCGAAAAUGCAGAUUACUCCUGACCAUGAGCCUCAACCUGUAGAAGAUGAAGAUGACGAGAAGCUUCCAUCAGAUGAACAACCAAAACUUAAGAAAAAGGCAGUUAAGCCAAAGAAAGAUGAAGAGGAAGAGAUUCCUUCAUGGAGAGGUAAAAGACUUCCUCCUAAAGAGGACGAGAAAGAAGAAAUUACGCUAAGACCAUUCAAGAAGGUAAAGCCCAAAGAACCGAAACCAAGUCCAAAGCUCAAGCCUGGUAAGCCAUAUGAACCUGAAAUCCCGGAGCCAGAGAAAAGUCCCCUCGAGCCAUACUCCAAACCUGAAAAAGAGGUUUCUGACAAGAUUCCUGAACUUGCAAAGGAAGUUUCUAGGAAACCUGAGGAACCAGAGAAGCCUGAAGAACCAGAGAAGCUUGAUGAAUCAGACAAAAAGCCUGACGAAUCUGAGACAGUAACACAAAAGCCCAAAAGGAGACUUCAGAAACUAAAGGCUCCAACUGAAGAAAAGUUUGAAAUACCAAAAGUUACUCUCAGAAAAACAUCUCAAAAAGUAUUUGUACCUGAAGAAGUAACACUGGAAACUGUAGAGCUUGAGCAUGUUGAGACACCUGAGGUAGUUGAACCUGAAGUUGAGAAGAGGGUAUGGAGUCCUCCUCCGGAGUAUGAAACUUAUGUUCCAGAGGAAAUACCGGAGAAAGAACCUGUAGAGCUAGAGAAAUACGAGAAGUAUGAACCUCCGACAAAACCAAAAGAUGAGGAGGAAGAAGAUAAAGGUAAAUACGAGCGCAAACCUAAAGAUAAACCUGAACCAGAGGAGGACAGGAAGUUGAAGCUUGGAAAAGGUAAAUUGAGGCCUGAGGAAGAAGGCGAAGAGAAGAAAUUAAAACCACCAAAACGUCGGCCAAAGUCUCCAGAAAAGGAAGCUGAAAAGCCACAACUCAAGCCUAUUCCUAAGAAAAAGCCAGAGGAAGAAAAGAAAGAUAAAGUAACUCCUAAGCCUGGUAAGAAACCUUCCAAAAAGAUUCCGGAUCGUGAACCAGUGGAGUUGGAACCAUUCGAACGAACAGAACCAGAGAUUCUCGACAAAGACAAGGUACCACUGGAGAAACCUCUCAAACCUAAACCGGAACCUAAAGAAAAGCCUUCAAUAGAACCAGAAGCUCCAAAGCCAUUGGAAGAAAAACCUUCAGAAGAAGAAGAACCAAAACUCAAGAAAGAAAGGCCAAAACCAGAGAAAAAGGAAGAGGAACCUGAAGUCCCUUCAUGGAGAGGUAAGAGGUUACCUCCUAAAGAAGAAGAGAAAGAAGAGAUUGUACUAAAACCAUUCAAAAAGGAGAAACCUGAAGAACCGAAACCUAAACCAAAAUAUAAACCAGGCAAGCCGUACGAACCUGAGAUUCCUGAACCAGAAAAGACUCCUCUUGAGCCAUAUACUAAACCAGAUAAAGAAAAGGUUCCAGAUGGUGUGACUGAACCUGUGAAGCCGGAAGAUGAGGAAAAACCUCAGCCUGAGGAAGAGAUUAAGCCUAAAAAGGAAAGAAUAAAACCAGAUAAAGAUGAGGAAGUUGAAACACCAUCGUGGAGAGGUAAAAGACUUCCUCCCAAGGAAGAAGAUAAAGAAGAAAUUACGCUUAAACCGUUCAAGAAGGAGAAGCCCAAAGAGCCUAAACCAAGUCCAAAAAUCAAACCAGGAAAGCCGUAUGAACCGGUAAUCCCUGAGCCUGAGAAACCGCCUCUUGAACCUUACGAAAAGCCUGAAAGGGAGAAAGUUCCUGAUCAAGUUCCUAAACCUGAAAAGGAGAAAGUUCCUGAGCAAGUUCCUGAACCAGAAAAGGAAAUAUCUCCUAAACCAGAGAGAGAAGAGAAGCCACAACAACUUGAGAAAAUACCAGGAAAACGAAGGAAAAGACCUCCGAUGCUCGCAGCUCCAAUUGAAGAGAAGUUUGAAAUACCAAAGAUAACACUCAAGAAAACAACACAGAAUGUAUUUGUACCUGAAGAAGUUACCCUGGAAACUAUAGAGCUUGAGCAUGUUGAAACGCCUGAGGUAAUUGAACCUGAAGUUGAGAAGAGAGUAUGGAGUCCUCCUCCGGAGUAUGAAACUUAUGUUCCAGAGGAAAUACCGGAGAAAGAACCUGUAGUGCUGGAGAAAUACGAGAAGUAUGAACCUCCGACAAAACCAAAAGAUGAGGAGGAAGAAGAUAAAGGUAAAUACGAGCGCAAACCUAAAGAUAAACCUGAACCAGAGGAGGACAGGAAGUUGAAGCUUGGAAAAGGUAAAUUGAGGCCUGAGGAAGAAGGCGAAGAGAAGAAAUUAAAACCACCAAAACGUCGGCCGAAGUCUCCAGAAAAGGAAGCUGAAAAGCCACAACUCAAGCCUAUUCCUAAGAAAAAGCCAGAGGAAGAAGAGAAAGAUAAAGUAACUCCUAAGCCUGGUAAGAAACCUUCCAAAAAGAUUCCGGACCGUGAGCCAGUGGAGUUGGAACCAUUCGAACGAACAGAACCAGAGAUUCUCGACAAAGACAAGGUACCACUGGAGAAACCUCGCAAACCUAAACCGGAACCUAAAGAAAAGCCUUCAAUAGAACCAGAAGCUCCAAAGCCAUUGGAAGAAAAACCUUCAGAAGAAGAAGAACCAAAACUCAAGAAAGAAAGGCCAAAACCAGAGAAAAAGGAAGAGGAGCCUGAAGUCCCUUCAUGGAGAGGUAAGAGGUUACCUCCUAAAGAAGAAGAGAAAGAAGAGAUUGUACUAAAACCAUUCAAAAAGGAGAAACCUGAAGAACCGAAACCUAAACCAAAAUAUAAACCAGGCAAGCCGUACGAACCUGAGAUUCCUGAACCAGAAAAGACUCCUCUUGAGCCAUAUACUAAACCAGAAAAAGAAAAGGUUCCAGAUGGUGUGACUGAACCUGUGAAGCCGGAAGAUGAGGAAAAACCUCAGCCUGAGGAAGAGAUUAAGCCUAAAAAGGAAAGAAUAAAACCAGAUAAAGAUGAGGAAGUUGAAACACCAUCGUGGAGAGGUAAAAGGCUUCCUCCCAAGGAAGAAGACAAAGAAGAAAUUACGCUUAAACCGUUCAAGAAGGAGAAGCCCAAAGAGCCUAAACCAAGUCCAAAAAUCAAACCAGGAAAGCCGUAUGAACCGGUAAUCCCUGAGCCUGAGAAACCGCCUCUUGAACCUUACGAAAAGCCUGAAAGGGAGAAAGUUCCUGAUCAAGUUCCUAAGCCUGAAAAGGAGAAAGUUCCUGAGCAAGUUCCUGAACCAGAAAAGGAAAUAUCUCCUAAACCAGAGAGAGAAGAGAAGCCACAACAACUUGAGAAAAUACCAGGAAAACGAAAGAAAAGACCUCCGAUGCUCGCAGCUCCAAUUGAAGAGAAGUUUGAAAUACCAAAGAUAACACUCAAGAAAACAACACAGAAUGUGUUUGUACCUGAAGAAGUUACCCUGGAAACUAUAGAGCUUGAGCAUGUUGAAACGCCUGAGGUAAUUGAACCUGAAGUUGAGAAGAGAGUAUGGACUCCUCCUCCGGAGUAUGAAACUUAUGUUCCAGAGGAAAUACCGGAGAAAGAACCUGUAGUGCUGGAGAAAUACGAGAAGUAUGAACCUCCGACAAAACCAAAAGAUGAAGAGGAAGAAGAUAAAGGUAAAUACGAGCGCAAACCUAAAGAUAAACCUGAACCAGAGGAGGACAGGAAGUUGAAGCUUGGAAAAGGUAAAUUGAGGCCUGAGGAAGAAGGCGAAGAGAAGAAAUUAAAACCACCAAAACGUCGGCCAAAGUCUCCAGAAAAGGAAGCUGAAAAGCCACAACUCAAGCCUAUUCCUAAGAAAAAGCCAGAGGAAGAAGAGAAAGUUAAAGUAACUCCUAAGCCUGGUAAGAAACCUUCCAAAAAGAUUCCGGACCGUGAGCCAGUGGAGUUGGAACCAUUCGAACGAACAGAACCAGAGAUUCUCGACAAAGACAAGGUACCACUGGAGAAACCUCUCAAACCUAAACCGGAACCUAAAGAAAAGCCUUCAAUGGAACCAGAAGCUCCAAAGCCAUUGGAAGAAAAACCUUCAGAAGAAGAAGAACCAAAACUCAAGAAAGAAAGGCCAAAACCAGAGAAAAAGGAAGAGGAGCCUGAAGUCCCUUCAUGGAGAGGUAAGAGGUUACCUCCUAAAGAAGAAGAGAAAGAGGAGAUUGUACUAAAACCAUUCAAAAAGGAGAAACCUGAAGAACCGAAACCUAAACCAAAAUAUAAACCAGGCAAGCCGUACGAACCUGAGAUUCCUGAACCAGAAAAGACUCCUCUUGAGCCAUAUACUAAACCAGAUAAAGAAAAGGUUCCAGAUGGUGUGACUGAACCUGUGAAGCCGGAAGAUGAGGAAAAACCUCAGCCUGAGGAAGAGAUUAAGCCUAAAAAGGAAAGAAUAAAACCAGAUAAAGAUGAGGAAGUUGAAACACCAUCGUGGAGAGGUAAAAGGCUUCCUCCGAAGGAAGAAGAUAAAGAAGAAAUUACGCUUAAACCGUUCAAGAAGGAGAAGCCCAAAGAGCCUAAACCAAGUCCAAAAAUCAAACCAGGAAAGCCGUAUGAACCGGUAAUCCCUGAGCCUGAGAAACCGCCUCUUGAACCUUACGAAAAGCCUGAAAGGGAGAAAGUUCCUGAUCAAGUUCCUAAACCUGAAAAGGAGAAAGUUCCUGAGCAAGUUCCUGAACCAGAAAAGGAAAUAUCUCCUAAACCAGAGAGAGAAGAGAAGCCACAACAACCUGAGAAAAUACCAGGAAAACGAAAGAAAAGACCUCCGAUGCUCCCAGCUCCAAUUGAAGAGAAGUUUGAAAUACCAAAGAUAACACUCAAGAAAACAACACAGAAUGUAUUUGUACCUGAAGAAGUUACCCUGGAAACUAUAGAGCUUGAGCAUGUUGAAACGCCUGAGGUAAUUGAACCUGAAGUUGAGAAGAGAGUAUGGACUCCUCCUCCGGAGUAUGAAACUUAUGUUCCAGAGGAAAUACCGGAGAAAGAACCUGUAGUGCUGGAGAAAUACGAGAAGUAUGAACCUCCGACAAAACCAAAAGAUGAGGAGGAAGAAGAUAAAGGUAAAUACGAGCGCAAACCUAAAGAUAAACCUGAACCAGAGGAGGACAGGAAGUUGAAGCUUGGAAAAGGUAAAUUGAGGCCUGAGGAAGAAGGUGAAGAGAAGAAAUUAAAACCACCAAAACGUCGGCCGAAGUCUCCAGAAAAGGAAGCUGAAAAGCCACAACUCAAGCCUAUUCCUAAGAAAAAGCCAGAGGAAGAAGAGAAAGUUAAAGUAACUCCUAAGCCUGGUAAGAAACCUUCCAAAGAGAUUCCAGACCGUGAGCCAGUGGAGUUGGAACCAUUCGAACGAACAGAACCAGAGAUUCUCGACAAGGACAAGGUACCAUUGGAGAAACCUCUCAAACCUAAACCGGAACCUAAAGAAAAACCUUCAAUGGAACCAGAAGUUCCAAAACCGGUCGAAGAGAAACCACCAAAAGAAGAAGAACCUAAGCCUAAGAAAGUAAGAAAGAGGCCAGAGAAGAAAGAUGAAGAGCCCGAAGUUCCUUCCUGGAGAGGUAGAAGGUUACCUCCUAAAGAAGAAGAGAAAGAGGAAAUUGUAUUAAAACCAUUCAAAAAGGAGAAACCUGCAGAACCAAAACCAAAACCCAAACGCACGCCAGGUAAACCUUACGAACCUGAAAUUCCGGAGCCGGAGAAACCUCCUCUUGAGCCAUACUCAAAACCCGAAAAAGAAAAGUCACCGAAGCCUGAGGAAGUGCUGAAGAAGCCUAGCAAAAAGCCCAAAAAGAUCAAGGAAGCUGAACCCAAGAAACCUCUGGUUCCUGUUAUGGCUACUGAAGUGCCAGAAGAAGCUAAGGUUGAGGAAACAAAGGCUACACGAGUUGAUAUAGAACUGACUGAAGUAGUGACGAAGAAGGAGAGCGUUGUUAAGUCAGUUAAACGGGUGAACCAGAAGCCGAAGGACAUCGAAGUCAUUCCACCAUCCUUCUCUCAGUUCCUGGAGCCGAUUAUCACACAAACCUCUCACAAAUCAGUCUUCAAGUGUGAGGUGAAAGGCUACCCUCCACCUGAAAUUAAAUGGUAUUUCAACAGAUUCGAAAUCAUACCUAGCCCCAACAGGAUCAUCUGCUACGAAGACAGGGUAUCGACCCUGACCAUCGUGCGGACCACAGAAGACGACGAGGGCAUGUACUCAUGCGAGGCGGUGAACGUGGCAGGGAAGGCAACCACUAUUGCCAACUUAGUGCUAGAAGCGCGAAAGGACAAGCCUCGUGGGGAGGCGCCCAAGAUCUUGGAGCCAUUAAAGCCGCUCAAGGUUAAACAUGGCUCCAAGACGGUGCUGGAGACCACAGUCAAGGGGAAGCCCACUCCUAAGGUUCUGUGGUAUCAUCUCGACAAUGAAAUCGUGCAAUCUUCUGAAUUUGUGCAGGAGUUCGACGCCACGACAGGACGCGCCGCCCUUAUCAUCAACGAGGUCUUCAUUGAUGACAGGGGGCUGUAUCGAUGUGUUGCUAUUAACCAACACGGUCAAGAUGAAACAGCUUCAUAUCUUACUGUAGAGGACAUCGAGAUGUUAGAGAAGAGUGAAUUGCGUCAGGCACCACGGAUCACAGAGCCCCUGCAGGCUCAGAUAGUGACAACCCCGUCGUGCCUUGACCUGCACGCCCACUACGAGGCCUUCCCCCCACCCACUGUCAAGUGGUAUCAUCAGGAUAGAGAGCUGAAGCCUUCGCGCGACUAUGUUAUCGAAUAUAUCGAGGACGAAACGAGCCUCCAUAUUGAGGAGGUUGUCGAUGACGACGCUGGCGAGUACGAAGUGAGAGUCUUCAAUGAAGUUGGAGAAGCAAGAUCAGUUGCCACAGUUAUUGUGAUUAAACCUGAAGAGGUAAUCGAAAUGGAACCUCCGAAGUUCAUCAAACCGUUGCAGCCUCAAAUUGUUCCAGAAGGUGAGGUUGCAAUUCUGGAAGCAGAGGUUACUGCUAAACCUCCAGCGGAGUUUACGUGGUACAGACACGGCCAGCUGAUAACAGCCGAUGAGGAGCUGGAGGUACAGAUCACAAGUGACAACAAUAAGUCAUCUCUUGUUCUUGGGGAACUGUUUGAGGAUGAUUCUGGUGACUACACUGUUACCGCUCAAAAUCCAGUCGGGCGCGCAUCCUCAACCGCCACGUUACUUGUAGAGGGUGAAGACACCGAAGACGCUGAACCACCCGCCUUCAACCCUCCCCUGACCCCCAUCCGUGUGAUGGAUGGGGAGGAAGUUCGCUUCACCUGUAAAGUAACUGGGAAACCCACACCCAAGCUGAUCUGGUUCCAGAACGGGCGACCUAUCGGCCAUCACCGUGAAGUGCGGCUCACGCAAGCCCCCGAUGGCCAAGCCGGCCUCCAGAUCCUCGAAGUGUUCCCUGAAGACGCAGGAGACUACACCUGCAUCGCUCGGAACCCGGCCGGAGAGGCAAGAACCACAGCAAACCUCGCUGUCGAGUCCUACGAAUACCAACCGGACUCUGAGGCUGCAACAACAACUUCAGUAUCAGAUAAGAAUGUAUUUUCGGGCCCAGCAUCUGAGGAAGAUGAGACUCUUGAGAUUGAGAAAGACACUGAGUCCGACACCUCGGAGGCUGGCUCCUCGCCUUACUUCUGCAACAAGCUGGAGCAGACGAUAGAGGUUAUCGAGGGGUCCUCCGUCAAAAUGCUGGUUAAGGCUACUGGCUACCCACGACCAACCGUCUCAUGGUACGCAGACGGCACCCCCUUACAGGUCACCGAGGCACUCGUCCUAGAGACCUACGAGGACGGCACGGAGGCCCUCACCCUUCCCUACGCAGUGCUGGACGACUGUGGGGAGUACACGUGUGAGGCCGUCAACAGGAACGGCGUGGACACCACAGUGACCACCCUAGUGGUUCUGCCCGAACACACAGAGGAUACAUCAAAGUCCUAUCGCAAACCAGAAUGGGUAACUCGCAUGGAAGAUCUGAAGCAGGCUAUGUCAGGCGAACCUACUAAACCCAAAUUCACACAAGAAAUUGUCAACUCACGAGUACGGGAAAUGGAAACCAUUACCUUCACAGCAACGUUUAUUGGUAACCCAAAGCCUGAGAUAACCUGGUACCACAAUAACAAGAUUAUACGCCAACAUGCAUCAUAUCAGAUGAGAGUUCGUAACGACAAGGCUAUUUUGACCAUUGUCCAAGCCAGACCUGAAGUUAAGGGAGAGUACUCCUGUCGGGCUGCGAAUCCUGUGGGUGAAGACUUCACCCGGGCCAAGCUGGAAGUCAUUGAACUCACCUAUGAAGAAAAGAUGAAAGUAGAAGAUGAAAGAUACGCAGCCGUUCAGAUUCAACACGCAGCAGAGCACAUGAAGGAAAAAGAAAGGGAGCGCGCGCAGAAGCAGAGACAAGUACACCAGGAAGCGAUGGAGAGACUUAAACAGAGCAAAGUGGAUCGUACAGCACAACGAGAAAAAGAACUAGAAGAGGCUAAACAGAAUGUUUGGAGGCCAAAGAUCGAGGAAAAGAAAGUCAAGGUCUUCAAGACCCCCAAAGACCGCCGGGUUGCUGAAGUGUACACGAACUGGAAGACUCCCAUUGCUCUUGAAGAACAUUAUCCAGAAAUUCAACCAAGUGAAUUUGCACCGAACCAGAUUCCUGGUGUCAAGUGUUUCGUGAAGGUUUCAGAAACAUCUGUCAAGGGUGAAGAAGUUGUUCGAGAAGUUGCUCCUCAGUUCUUUGAGGACGAGCAAGUUAUCAAUGAGUUGGCCAAAGUACAUACAAUGUUGAAGAAUAAUGUUAGGGUUAAUGAAAUUUGGUCAAUGUUCCGAGCUGGUGAGUUUAAGGCUCUUCAGCAACCAAGCAUCCAGACUGCUCUUGUUAAGAUUUGUGAGCAUAUUGGUCACCAAAGGAAUGUGUCUAUUGUACUUGCCCAAGAAACUCAAGAACAGGCUGCGAAGCACCCAGUUGGUCUCAAGGCCUUCUUGCGUAUGGUCAAACAUGCCAAGAAUAUCAAACCUGAGACUCUCUUCAAUGAUGUUAUUCCAAGGGAAAUGGGCAAGUUCUCUUCAACCACUCAGGAGUUGACCAAGGUUUCUCAGAUGAUAAACCAAGGAAUCGAGACAGAGGAGAUUAUCGCAUACUGCGAAGCGGGCAAGCUGCCUGCGUUGAAGAAGCCGGAGACCCAGCAACCUCUUAUCAACAUCGUGGAGAAGCAUGGACACUCCGUCAUGGUUGCACAGGUGUUGGUAGAGGAGGCUUACCGUGAUGCAAAGGAAGAUAGAGUGUUGGCACAGAAAGCGUGGCAGGUGAUCCAUGAGCAGGAGAUGGAGAUCGCUCAGGUAUCCGAGACUAAGACAGAAACCAAACCAACACCUGCUCCAGUAGAACCAAAACCAACACCAGUUCCAGAAGAGCCAAAACCAACACCUGUACAAGAAGAACCAAAACCAACACCUGUACAAGCAGAACCAAAACCAACACCUGUUCCUGAAGAACCAAAACCAACACCUGUAAAAGCAGAACCAAAACCAACACCUGUUCCAGAAGAGCCAAAACCAACACCUGUACGAGCAGAACCAAAACCAACACCUGUUCCAGAAGAACCAAAACCAACACCUGUAAAAGCAGAACCAAAACCAACACCUGUUCCAGAAGAACCAAAACCAACACCUGUAAAAGCAGAACAAAAACCAACACCUGUUCUAGAAGAGCCAAAACCAACACCUGUACAAGCAGAACCAAAACCAACACCUGUUCCAGAAGAGCCAAAACCAACACCUGUACAAGCAGAACCCAAACCAACAGUUGAAGUUGAGCCUAAACCAACAACACCUGCUCCGGCAGAGCCCAAAGAAACACCAAAACCAGCAGCAAAACCAACACGUAAGGUCAAAACUAAACCAAAGAGUAAGCCUGUUCAGAUUCCACAGGAACCCAAAGACCAGGAAGACAAACAAACAGAACAGGCAGACGUUGUUAUACUUGAACAGAUGGAACAAAUUAAACAAACAAUGGAACAGAUUCUAGGUGAGACACAACCAACACAGCAGCAGAAGCCCCAAGAAGAAUAUACUCAAAUAAUACAGACUCAACAUAUUGAUGAAUAUACUCAACCUACAACUAUUCCAGAGUAUCAAGAACGUCAGGUGACACAGGAGACGACACAGAUUAUCCAAGAACAGCCCAUUCAAGUUAUCCAACAAAUUACACCUCAGGUUAUUCAGGAAACGACACAGCAGAUUACACAGCCGUUCCAACAAGAAGAAGUUGUCACGAAAACAGUUACCACGGAAGAAAUUAUUGAACCUAAACGCAAAGUGAUUAAAAAGAAAACUGUGACCAAGGUAAAGCCUCAGGUCACUGUGGAACAUAAAGAGGAAGUCACUGUGUUCCAGCAGCCUCAGGAAAGCAGGCAAGAGGUUGUUACCUCUGAACAUUCGGAAGUUAUAAAACAAGUCACUGUGCAACGCCCUCAAGUUAUACAACAAGAGGAAGUGACCUUGCAGGAACCUCAAGUUACACAACAAGUAACUGAGGUCACGAGCCAUGUUGUGCAAGAAAUUGCAAAAGUAUCUGAAAUCCCCGAAGUCGUGCAGAAAACAACAGUUAUCCAACAGCCCACCCUCGUACAGCAAGAGAUAAUAGCAGAACAGAAACCUGAAGUAAUAAAAGAAGUCAUAACUACAGUGCAGACAGACAAGGCUCAAGAAAUUUGUGAACCAGAAGUUUUGCAAACUACAACACUCGUUCAAAGACCAGUCUUUAUCCAUGAAGAGACUGUUGUUACACAGCUCCCAGAAUCCGUUGAAGAAGUUACUACUAAGGUGGUAACUAAGAAGACAGAGAUUGUACAAGAACCUGAGAAGGUUACCAAGGUAGAAACAAAGGAGGCUGAGGUUGUACAAAAACCUGAGGAGGUUACUAAGGUGGUAACAAAGGAGGCUGAGGAAGUUACUAAGGUGGUAACAAAGAAGAAGAAAAAGGUAGUAAAAGAACCUAAAUUAAUUGAGAAAACAGUCGAGGAGGCUGAGGUUGUACAGAAACCUGAGGAAGUUACUAAGGUAGUAACAAAGGAGCCUGAGGUUGUACAGAAACCUGAGGAAGUUACUAAGGUAGUAACAAAGGAGACUGAGGAAGUUACUAAAGUGGUAACAAAGGAGGAUGAGGUUGUACAAGAACCUGAGGAGGUUACUAAGGUGGUAACAAAAGAGACUGAGGUUAUAGAAAAGCCUGAGGAAGUUACUAAGGUGGUAACAAAGGAGCCUGAGGUUGUACAAAAACCUGAGGAAGUUACUAAGGUAGUAACAAAGGAGACUGAGGAAGUUACUAAAGUGGUAACAAAGGAAACUGAGGUUAUAGAAAAGCCUGAGGAAGUUACUAAGGUGGUAACAAAAGAGGCUGAGGUUGUACAAAAACCUGAGGAAGUUACUAAGGUAGUAACAAAGGAGACUGAGGAAGUUACUAAAGUGGUAACAAAGGAAACUGAGGUUAUAGAAAAACCUGAGGAGGUUACUAAGGUGGUAACAAAAGAGACUGAGGUUAUAGAAGAACCUGAGCAAGUUACUAAAGUGGUAACAAAGAAGAAGAAAAAGGUAGUAAAAGAACCUAAAUCAGUUGAGAAAACAGCCGAGGAACAGGUGACGACUGUUGAGCAACACACACAACAGCAAGCUGUGCUGCAGCAACAGGAGAUACAAAUAACACAAACUGUUCAGAGAGAGGCUGCUGUUAUGCAGCAAGAACAGGUGACCAAACAAACGGAACAAACACAACAAGUGACUCAGCUCAUCCAACAAACACAACAGGCAGUUGAGGAAGUGUCACAAGUCACAGUACAGAAACAAAAACGCGUAAAGCAGAUGACACCACAGGCGGAGACCGAGACACAGCAACAGACCAUUGAACAGCAGAAACUGACUACUGUUACCCAAGCCCCACUCACAUUGCUCACGGAAACGUCUCAAGAAGAAACUGUUCCAGAAUACAAGGCAGACACACUACAGCUAGCACCCACGCCAACACCUUCACAGGCUGAGGAAAUCAAGGAGGUGGCUGAACCCAUACACAAGGCUGAAGCCACACAGGUUCACACAGAAAUGUGUGUUCCGGGCUUUAAGGCUUUGAUUCGCUUAGCCACGGACAACCAAGUAGACCUUGAGACUGUUGAGCUGAAACCCACUGAGAAGACAACGUUUUCUAAAGAUAUAGCAAAGUUGAGCUUCCACUUGAAGAAAGGGGUGCAAGUUAAUGAACUUCUGACCAUGAUGAAAGAGGGCGAGUUUGUCGCUCUUAAGCGCACAGAACACCAGGCCAAACUACUCGAAGUGGCAGACCGUCUGGAACAUGCCACGGUGCACAAGGUGCUGGUACAGGAGGCUAAAGACAGAUGCGAUAGCAAUGUUGGUCUAAAGUCGGUAAUGCGUACGAUUGAAACUGGCAAAGAAUCAAUGGAACAAGUGAUAAUGGAUGUUUCCAAGGAAUUUGGGCCAUCUUCAGAGCCAGUAAAAGAGAUCGCUGCAAUUGGACACCUUCUACAAGAGGGUGUAAAAUGUAGCGAAGUUAUCUCAUUGGUUGAAUCUGGUUUAUUGCCUAGUUUAAAGAAGCCCGAAUCACAGGUGCCUCUUGUGUCUAUGGUAGCUGAUAAAGGUCACAUUGGCAGUAUUUGUGAAGUGUUAGUGGGAGAAUCAGUGAAGGAUAUACACAAAUUAAAGCCUAAAGAAGAAGCUGCUCGUAUGUCCGAGGUCAAGGAAAUGCUCAAGAAGGCCAAAAUUGAAACAGUGGAUGUAAAGACAUUCGCAUCGGAGAUGGUACCAGGCGUGAAGGCCUAUGUGCGUAUGGCUCAAGAGGAUACUGUCAACAUUGAUGAGGUUGUCCAGAAGGCCAACUUGGAGCCCAAACUGAGGGAAGAAGUAGCCAAAAUUGGCAUGAUGGUAAAACAUGGGGUGAUGGCUCAGGAUGUGAUCGCUCUCAUGGAAGCUGGCGAUUUCCCCGAGCUUAUGAAGCAAGAAGCUCAAGCUAAACUUUUGACUGUUGUUGAGGAAUUUGGUUUUAAAGCAUUGGUCAACCAGGUUAUGACUGAACAAGUGGAGCAGGCCAUCCAGAAGACUGAUAAAACCAUCGGAGUUAAGACCUUCAUGCGCAUGCUUGAGCAAGCUGAUGUUAACGUGGAGGAGAUAAUAUCAGAACAAUUCCCCAAGGAAUUUGAUUCUGAAACACAAACACCGGUAUCUAAAGAGAUGGCCAAAGUUAGUCUAAUGCUCAAGGAAGGAGUUCAAUCCCAAGAAAUACUGUCUAUGAUAGACGCUGGAGAACUACCAAAUCUGGGUCGCCCUGAAGCGCAGAUGCCUCUCAUUCAUAUGGUCGAAGAGCAGGGACACACUGCAUUAAUCUGCCAGGUUCUGAUUGAAGACUCAGUCAGAGACAUCAUACAAGAACUUCCCAAGGUAGACGUAGCAACUGUAUCUUCAGUUGAGAUCCUCCAGUCGGCAACUACAUCUAAGGUUGAAGUCAAAGCUAAGGAAAGACGGCAAGUCCAGGAGAUCAUUGAAUCCACUCAAGGUAACAUUGUAUUGGAACAAGCUACACAUGUCUCUGGCUCUCAGGAAGUCGUUGUCGAGACUGUAGCUGAAGAGGUCAUCAAGCAGACUCCACAGACAAAACAAGCACACCCAUUAUUUGAUACGCAAGAAACUAUUUCUGUGACGCAAGUGUCCGUUCUUAACCAAACAGAGCUCUUGGAUGACGUUACCAAGCCUAUGCCUGUAGUCGCACAGCCAGGACACGUGACCCAGCAGAGCAUUCACGUGGAGGAGGCUGAUUUACGUGAAUCUUCCUCAUCCGUUACGUUUGAGAAAACUACUGAACGAACAGCUACGACAGUGUUUGAUGAAAGAGAGCAUGUUACUGUUUCAGAAGUCAAAUCGAAUGAACUUCCAAUGGAUCUGUACGAGAAAAUUGUUGAAGGAAAAGCGAUACCCGUUAUAAAGCCUCUUGAAACUGUCACUGUCUCCUCUGUAACUCUAGCUGAACAGUAUGAAGAAACUGAGAGUCAUAAACCAAAAUUGGAGAAAGCUGAACCUAUUACAACGCCACAACAGUGUGCUUCUACUGAAGAGACCGAAGUUCAUGAAAGUUCUGGAAUAAUAGAAAUCAAACGUCCAACAGAAGAAAAGGCUACAACUCAUGUAUCAAAACGUGAAUCUGUCAUGGUCUCAGAGGUGAAAGCAGAAGAAAAGCCAAUUUCACUAAGAGAUAGAACACCUUCUCAAGAGAGAGCAAAGAGAGUUAUGUCUAAACAAAAGCAUGUUAUUGUAUCAGAAACGUCAACUUCAGAAGCUCCAGGAUUUGUCCAGCAUAUCAAACCUAUUGAAGAUAAAGCUAAAACAGUUUUAUCUCAAAGGGUAUCGGUUAUAGUAUCAGAGGUACGACCUGAGGAGGGUACACGGACAGCCAAACCAAGAACACCAUCACAGGAACGAGCUCGAAAGGUACUUUCUCAAAAAGAAUCUUUCGUCGUUGAGGAAGUCAAAGUCCACGAGGUGCCUAAAGAUCUCCCUAAAGGUAAACCUAAGACCGAUAAAGCAAAGAAGGUAAUGCCACAACAGGAAUCUAUCACAGUUCAGGAAACAAGAGUUGAGGCACAUGCAGGUGACCUUUCACACACAAUGCCUAAAGAGGAGAAGGCCAUGCAAAUCCUACUUAACCAGUCAUCUUUAUCUGUAUCCGAAAUCUCAAGUCAAGAAAUGCCUGUGCAAAUGCCCGAAUACAAGCCAGAGAAAACACAAUCUGCGAAGACCAAAAUAGACCACAGGGAAGUAGUUACAAUCUCUGAGGUGACAGCUGAUGAAGUGCCUCAUAUUGUCCCUGAGGAAAAGCGGAAAACAGAAACGGCAAAUAUGAUUCUACCAGACACAAGAGAAACAAUCCAGAUUUCUGAAGUUUCAGCUCAAGAAUCAUCAGAAAGUGUCGUACAAGUAAAGACAAAAGAAGAAUAUGCUCAAGUGGUUGUUAAGCCGACUGAGUCCAUCAGUGUUUCACAGACACAGGUUCAUGAGUCAGUUGAUGACGUUCGUGUAGCAAAACUUAAGGAAGAAAAAGCUUUAACAAUCCUUCCACAACAAGAUUCCAUUACAGUGCAGGAGAUAAGUGUUAAGGAGGCCCCACAAGAUAUUAAAGACCACAAACCUAAAACUGAACAGGCUAAGUCCAUAUUGUCACCACGAGAGUCAAUUGCAGUUGAGGAGAUCAACGUCAAAGAAAGCCCUGUAUCAGUAGAUGACGUGAAGCCAAAAACAGAACAAGCAAAAUCUAUUAUUUCGCCUCAUGAAUCACUUACUGUUGAAGAAGUAACAGUAAAGGAAACUCCAAAAGAUAUUAGCGAGGUGAAACCUAAAUCACAGACAGCCAAGUCAAUUUGGUCUGAGCAGGAGUCCAUUUCUGUUCAAGAAGUUACAGUAAAGGAUGCUCCAGGAUCAGUGAAAGAUGACAAGCCAAAAACAGAGACAGCAACAUCAAUUAUUUCGCCCCACGAGUCACUUACUGUCCAAGAGGUGUCUGUCAAAGAAGCGCCAGGAGAUAUUAAAGAUGACAAGCCAAAAGAAGAACGAGCUACUUCAAUCUUGUCUCCUCAGGAAUCGAUCGCUGUUCAAGAGGUAUCUGUUAGAGAAGCUCCUGGGUCAGUGAAGGAUAGUAUUCCAAAGAAGGAACAAGCUACGUCUAUUAUUUCUACUCAUGAAUCGGUCACUGUUCAUGAAGUGACAGUGAAAGAGGAACCAAAAGAUAUAUCAGAUAAGAAGCCAAAGACAGAAAAGGCAACUUCAAUUUUAUCAGAACAGGAGUCCAUUUCUGUGGAAGAAGUCUCUGUAAAAGAGGCUCCUGGCUCGGUGAAAGAUUUGAAACUGAAGACAGAACAAGCAGCCUCAAUUAUUUCCCCGCACGAGUCACUAACUGUUCAAGAAGUAACAGUGAAGGAAGCUCCAGUAGAAAUUACUGACAAAAAGCCAAAGGAGGAAAAAGCGACUUCAAUAUUGUCUCAACAAGAAUCGAUUGCUGUGCAGGAGGUUUCAGUGAAAGAAGCUCCUUAUUCGAUGGAGGAAGACAAACCAAAGGCUGAGAAAGCCACAUCAAUCAUUUCUCCACAUCAGUCGCUUACCAUCGAGGAGGUCACAGUAAAAGAAGCUUCAGGAAAUAUAAGUGAUAAGAAACCUAAAACAGAGAAAGCAAUUUCAAUAUUGUCUGAACAGGAAUCCAUAUCUGUCCAAGAAGUCUCAGUGAAAGAAGCUCCGGGAUCAGUUAAGGAAACAAAACCCAAAACAGAGCAAGCAACCUCAGUUAUAUCACCACAUGAAUCCCUUACUGUUCAUGAGGUGUCUGUUGGAGAAGCCCAUCAGGACUUAAGUGACCAAAAGCUUAAGACUGAAAAGGCAACUUCAGUUCUCUCUGAACAAGAGUCUAUUUCUAUUCAAGAGAUUUUGGUAAAAGAUGCUCCGGGCUCGGUAAAAGAUAUUAAGCCAAAGUCAGAGCAAGCAACAUCUAUUAUUUCUCCUCACGAAUCAUUGACAGUCCAGGAAGUAUCAGUUAAGGAAUCUCCAUCAGAGAUCAGUGAUAAAAGACCAAAGUCAGAAAAGGCAACAUCCAUAUUAUCUGAACAGGAAUCUAUCUCUGUUCAUGAAAUAUCUGUGAAAGACGCUCCUGGAUCAAUGAAAGAUGCAAAGCCUAAGACUGAGCAAGCAACAUCUGUCAUUUCUCCUCACGAAUCACUGACUGUCCAGGAAGUAUCAGUUAAGGAAUCUUCAACAGAGAUCAGUGAUAAAAGACCAAAGUCAGAAAAGGCAACUUCCAUAUUGUCUGAACAAGAGUCCAUCUCUGUUCAAGAAAUCUCAGUUAAAGAUGCUCCGGGAUCAAUAAAAGAUGCAAAGCCUAAGACGGAGCAAGCUACCUCUAUCAUUUCUCCACACGAGUCGCUCACUAUUCAAGAAGUAUCAGUUAAAGAAACACCAACAGACAUUAGUGACCGAAAACCAAAAACGGAGAAAGCAACUUCAAUAUUAUCUGAACAAGAAUCUAUUUCUGUUCAAGAAGUAUCAGUAAAAGAAGCUCCUGGUACAGUGGAAACUGCCAAGCCAAAGACCGAGCAAGCAACAUCAAUUAUUUCUCCACACGAAUCAAUUUCCAUUCAAGAAAUAUCUGUGAAGGAAGCUCCCACUGACAUAAGUGACAAAAAGCCAAAAUCCGAGAAAGCGACAUCAAUUUUGUCAGAACAAGAAUCGAUUGCUGUGCAGGAGGUGUCUGUGAAAGAAGCCCCAGGCUCGAUAGAAGAAGCAAAGCCUAAAACAGAAUACGCAAAAUCCUCCAUUUCUCCACACGAAUCGCUUACAGUUCAAGAAGUGUUAGUGAAGGAAGCGUCAGCAGACAUCAGUGACAAGAAGCCACAGACAGGAAAAGCAACUUCCAUAUUGUCUGAGCAGGAAUCAAUUGCAGUACAAGAAGUGUCCGUUAAAGAGGCGCCUGGAAGAGUGGAAGAUGUUAAACCCAAAACUGAGCAAGCAACAUCUAUUCUUUCUGAACACCAGUCACUUACUGUUCAAGAGGUCACAGUGAAGGGAGACUCUGCUGAAAUAAGUGAUAAAAAACCAAAGACUGAGAAAGCAAUUUCAAUUUUAUCUGAACAGCAGUCUAUUUCAGUCCAGGAAAUCACUGUGAAAGAAGCUCCUGGAUCUGUGAAAGAAGACAAGCUGAAACCAGAACAAGCAACAUCGGUCAUAUCACCACUUGAAUCACUCACUGUUCAAGAGGUAUCAGUGAAAGAAUCUUCUGGAGACAUAAGUGAUAGAAGACCAAAAACAGAGAAAGCAACGUCAAUAUUCUCAGAACAGGAAUCAAUUUCUGUUCAAGAAAUUUCCGUGAAGGAAGCUCCAGGAACCGUGGCAGAUGUCAAGCCCAAAGAAGAGCAGGCAACGUCUAUCAUUUCUGAACACCAGUCGCUUACUGUUCAGGAGGUAACAGUUAAAGAAAUUCCAACAGACAUAAGUGACAAAAAGCCUAAGUCAGAGAAGGCAACUUCCAUAUUGUCUGAACAGGAGUCCAUCUCUGUCCACGAAGUGUCGGUAAAAGACGCUCCUGGUUCCAUGAAAGAUGCUAAGCCAAAGACUGAGCAAGCAACAUCUGUCAUUUCUCCUCACGAAUCACUGACUGUCCAGGAAGUAUCGGUUAGGGAAGUUCCAACAGAGAUCAGUGACAAAAAACCAAAGUCAGAAAAGGCAACAUCCAUAUUGUCUGAACAAGAGUCCAUCUCUGUUCAAGAAAUAUCUGUGAAAGAAGCUCCAGGUUCCAUGAAAGAUGCGAAGCCAAAAACUGAGCAAGCAACAUCUGUCAUUUCUCCUCACGAAUCACUGACAGUCCAGGAAGUGUCUGUUAAGGAAGCUCCAACAGAAUUAAGUGACAGAAAACCCAAAGAAGAGAAAGCAACUUCAAUAUUAUCUGAACAGGAAUCCAUCUCUGUCCAAGAAGUAUCGGUGAAAGAAGCUCCUGGAUCUGUAAAAGAUUUAAAACUAAAGACGGAACAAGCCACUUCUGUCAUUUCUCCUCACGAAUCACUGACCGUCCAAGAGGUAUCUGUUAAAGAAGCUCCAACAGAGAUCAGUGACAAAAAGCCAAAGACAGAACAAGCAACAUCUAUAUUAUCUGAACAGGAAUCCAUUUCCAUCCAGGAAAUAUCUGUGAAAGAAGCGCCUGGUUCCCUGAAAGAUGAGAAGCCCAAGUCAGAGCAAGCAACAUCCAUCCUUUCUGAACAUCAGUCACUCACUGUUCAAGAAGUUACGGUGAAGGAAGCUCCGGCAGAUAUAAGUGAUGUGAAGCCCAAGACUGAAAAAGCAACAUCAAUUUUGUCUGAACAAGAGUCCAUCUCUGUUCAAGAAAUAUCUGUGAAAGAAGCUCCAGGUUCAAUGAAAGAUGCAAAGCCUAAGACUGAGCAAGCAACAUCUGUCAUUUCUCCUCACGAAUCACUGACUGUCCAGGAAGUGUCGGUUAAGGAAGUUCCAACAGAGAUCAGUGACAAAAAACCAAAGUCAGAAAAGGCAACUUCAAUAUUGUCAGAACAAGAAUCCAUCUCUGUCCACGAAGUGUCGGUGAAAGAAUCUCCUGGUUCCAUGAAAGAUGCUAAGCCAAAGACUGAGCAAGCAACAUCUGUAAUUUCUCCUCACGAGUCACUGACUGUCCAGGAAGUGUCUGUUAAGGAAUCUCCAACAGAAUUAAGUGACAAAAAGCCUAAGGAAGAGAAAGCAACUUCAAUUUUGUCUGAACAGGAAUCCAUUUCUAUUCAAGAAGUGUCUGUGAAAGAAGUUCCUGAAUCGAUGAAAGAUCUGAAACCAAAGACAGAACAAGCAACAUCUGUUAUUUCAGAACUCUUGUCCCUUUCUGUUCAAGAGGUAUCAGUGAAAGAAUCCCCUGGAGAUCUUAGUGAUAAAAAACCAAAGACAGAAAAGGCAACUUCCAUUCUGUCCGAACAGGAGUCUAUCUCUGUCCAGGAAAUAUCUGUUAAAGAAGCUCCUGGUUCAGUGGAAGAAGUUAAGCCAAAGACUGAACAAGCAACAUCCAUUAUUUCCCCACAUAUGUCAUUAACAGUUCAGGAGGUAACAGUAAAGGAAGUUCCAGCAGAUAUAAGUGAUGUAAAACCAAAGUCAGAAAAGGCAACUUCAAUAUUGUCUGAACAAGAGUCCAUCUCUGUUCAAGAAAUAUCUGUGAAAGAAGCUCCUGGUUCAAUGAAAGAUGCCAAGCCAAAGACUGAACAAGCAACAUCUGUCAUUUCUCCUCACGAAUCACUUACUGUCCAGGAAGUGUCGGUUAGGGAAGUUCCAACAGAGAUCAGUGACAAAAAACCAAAAUCAGAAAAGGCAACUUCUAUAUUGUCGGAACAGGAGUCCAUCUCUGUUCAAGAAAUCUCUGUGAAAGAAGCUCCAGAAUCAAUGAAAGAUGCAAAGCCAAAGACUGAGCAAGCAACAUCUGUAAUUUCUCCUCACGAAUCACUGACAGUCCAGGAAGUGUCUGUUAAGGAAGUUCCAACAGAGAUCAGUGACAAAAAACCAAAGACAGAGAAGGCAACUUCCAUAUUAUCUGAACAAGAAUCCAUCUCUGUCCAAGAAGUAUCGGUGAAAGAAGCUCCUGGAUCUGUAAAAGACUUAAAACCAAAGACGGAACAAGCCACUUCUGUCAUUUCUCCUCACGAAUCACUGACCGUCCAAGAGGUAUCUGUUAAAGAAGCUCCGACAGAGAUCAGUGACAAAAAGCCAAAGACAGAACAAGCAACAUCUGUAUUAUCUGAACAGGAAUCCAUUUCCAUCCAGGAAAUAUCUGUGAAAGAAGCGCCUGGUUCCCUGAAAGAUGAGAAGCCCAAGUCAGAGCAAGCAACAUCCAUCCUUUCUGAACAUCAGUCACUCACUGUUCAAGAGGUUACGGUGAAGGAAGCUCCAGCAGAUAUAAGUGAUGUGAAGCCCAAGACAGAAAAAGCAACAUCAAUUUUGUCUGAACAAGAGUCCAUCUCUGUUCAAGAAAUAUCUGUGAAAGAAGCUCCAGGUUCAAUGAAAGAUGCUAAGCCAAAGACUGAGCAAGCAACAUCUGUCAUUUCUCCUCACGAAUCACUAACUGUCCAGGAAGUGUCGGUUAGAGAAGUUCCAACAGAGAUCAGUGACAAAAAACCAAAGUCAGAAAAGGCAACUUCAAUAUUGUCUGAACAAGAGUCCAUCUCUGUUCAAGAAAUAUCUGUGAAAGAAGCUCCAGGUUCAAUGAAAGAUGCCAAGCCAAAGACUGAACAAGCAACAUCUGUCAUUUCUCCUCACGAAUCACUGACAGUCCAGGAAGUGUCUGUUAAGGAAGCUCCAACAGAAUUAAGUGACAGAAAACCCAAAGAAGAGAAAGCAACUUCAAUAUUAUCUGAACAGGAAUCCAUUUCUGUUCAAGAAGUGUCAGUGAAAGAAGCUCCUGAAUCGAUGAAAGAGGCAAAACCAAGGACAGAACAAGCAACAUCUGUUAUUUCAGAACUUCUGUCCCUUUCUGUCCAGGAAGUAUCGGUGAAAGAAUCUCCUGAAGAUUUUAGUGACAAAAAACCAAAGACAGAAAAGGCAACUUCCAUUCUGUCCGAACAGGAGUCUAUCUCUGUCCAGGAAAUAUCUGUUAAAGAAGCUCCUGGUUCAGUGGAAGAAGUUAAGCCAAAGACUGAACAAGCAACAUCCAUUAUUUCCCCACAUAUGUCAUUAACAGUUCAGGAGGUAACAGUAAAGGAAGUUCCAGCAGAUAUAAGUGAUGUAAAACCAAAGUCAGAAAAGGCAACUUCCAUAUUGUCUGAACAAGAGUCCAUCUCUGUUCAAGAAAUAUCUGUGAAAGAAGCUCCUGGUUCAAUGAAAGAUGCCAAGCCAAAGACUGAGCAAGCAACAUCUGUUAUUUCUCCUCACGAAUCACUUACUGUCCAGGAAGUGUCGGUAAGGGAAGUUCCAACAGAGAUCAGUGACAAAAAACCAAAGACAGAAAAGGCAACUUCAAUAUUGUCAGAACAAGAGUCUAUCUCUGUUCAAGAAAUAUCUGUGAAAGAAGCUCCUGGUUCAAUGAAAGAUGCGAAGCCAAAGACUGAACAAGCAACAUCUGUUAUUUCUCCUCACGAAUCACUUACUGUCCAGGAAGUGUCGGUUAGGGAAGUUCCAACAGAGAUCAGUGACAAAAAACCAAAGUCAGAAAAGGCAACUUCCAUAUUGUCAGAACAAGAGUCCAUCUCUGUCCAAGAAAUAUCUGUGAAAGAAGCUCCUGAAUCGAUGAAAGAUGCUAAGCCAAAGACUGAGCAAGCAACAUCUGUCAUUUCUCCUCACGAAUCACUGACCGUCCAGGAAGUGUCUGUUAAGGAACUUCCCACGGAGAUCAGUGACAAAAAACCAAAGACAGAAAAGGCAACUUCUAUAUUGUCUGAACAGGAGUCUAUCUCAGUUCAAGAAAUAUCUGUGAAAGAAGCUCCUGGAUCAAUGAAAGAUGCUAAACCAAAGACUGAGCAAGCAACAUCUGUCAUUUCUCCUCACGAGUCACUGACUGUCCAGGAAGUGUCUGUUAAAGAAGUUCCAACUGACAUAAGUGAAACAAAACCAAAAACAGAGAAAGCAACUUCAAUAUUAUCUGAACAGGAAUCCAUUUCUAUCCAAGAAGUGUCAGUGAAAGAAGCUACAGGAUCAAUGAAAGAUGCAAAGCCAAAGACAGAACAAGCAACGUCUGUUAUUUCUGAACUUUUGUCACUUACAGUUCAAGAAGUAUCAGUGAAAGAAUCUCCUGAAGAUUUUAGUGAUAGGAAACCAAAGACAGAGACAGCAACUUCUAUUUUGUCUGAGCAGGAAUCUAUUUCUGUUCAAGAAAUUUCUGUUAAAGAGGCUCCAUGUUCAAUGGAAGAAGUGAAGCCAAAAACAGAACAAGCAACAACAAUUAUUUCCCAGCACGAAUCUUUAACAGUUCAAGAAGUAGCUGUGAAAGAGGUUCCUACUGAUAUAAGUGAUAAAAAACCACAAACACAACAGGCAACAUCAGUAUUCUCUCCUCAAGAAUCUAUUUCUGUUCAAGAGGUUUCUGUGAAAGAGGCUCCUGGUGCAGUUAAAGAUUCUAAGCCUAAAACAGAACAUGCAAAAUCUACCAUCUCUCCACUUGAAUCACUUACUGUUCAGGAAAUAACAGUAAAGGAAUCUCCCAGAGAUAUAGAGGAGUUGAAACCAAAAACUGAGAAAGCAACUUCUGUAUUAUCUGAGCAAGAGUCUAUAUCUGUUGAGGAGAUUUUGGUGAAAGAUGUUCCUGGAUCAAUGGAUGAUUUGAAGUUCCAUACAGAACAGGCAACCUCAGUUAUUUCCCCUCACCAAUCACUUACUGUUGAAGAGAUCACUGUAAAGGAAACUCCAAAAGAUUUAGCUGAUGAAAAACCUAAAACAGAGAUUGCCAAAUCCCUUCUGCUGCCACAGGAUUCCAUAGCUGUACAGGAGGUCUCGGUUAAAGAGGCUCCAGUUGAUAUUAAAGAACUGAAGCCAAAAUCCGAAACAGCAAAACCAGUUGUGAGUACCCAGGAAUCUCUUUCAGUAAGUGAGGUUCAAGUUGAAGGACAGACUCAAGAAAUGGUUACUCCGAAACAGAUAAGUGAAACUGCAAGGGUUAGUGUCACAAAGAAAGACUCUGUUCAGGUUCUUGAGGUGUCUUCAGAACUCGCUCCAGAUGAUAUUCCCGAAACCAGGUUGAUUGAAGACAAAGCAAAGGUUACUGUCACUGAGAAUUUGCAGCGUGCAGAUCAGGAAGAUGUAAUUGUUUUAAGAGGCCCUACAAAGGAAAAGAAAAUAAUAGAAGUCGUUGAAGAAUCAGAUGAAGAACUUGUUAAAGAAAUACCUGAGGUGAAGGAAGAGGAAAUUGUUGAGGAACAAUUUAAGCUAAAACCCAAAACUAAAAAGAAGGUCAAAGAAGAGAUCACCGAGGAAGUCAUAAUCAAGAAACCAGAGGAGAAAGAAGAAGUCAUCGAGGAAGUAAUUAAGAAGCCAGAUGAGAUAGAAGUCACUGAAGAGGUGAUGAUCAAGAAAAAACCAAAGAAAAAGACUGAAGUUACAACUGAAGAAGUUGUCGAAGAAGUCACAAUAAAGAAACCAGAGGUUAUUGAAGAAGUAACAGUUAAAAAACCAGAAGAAAAGAUUGAGGAAAUUACAGAGGAAGUGACCAUCAAGAAACCAGAAGAGAAGGUUGUUGAAGAAAUCACUGAGGAAGUGCAGAUAAAGAAGAAGCCCAAGAAGAAACCUGAACCGAAAAUUGAAGAAGUAACUGAAGAAGUUACACUAAAGAAACCAGAGGAGAAGAUUGCCGAAGAAGUCACCGAAGAAAUAGUCGUCAAGAAACCAGAAGAGAAGGUUGAAGAAGUGACUGAGGAAGUACAGAUCAAGAGGAAACCAAAGAAGAAACCUGAACCCAAAAUUGAAGAAGUUACCGAAGAAGUCACAAUUAAGAAACCAGAGGAGGUUACUGAAGAAGUAGUCAUUAAAAAGCCAGAAGAGGUGGUUCAUGAAGAAGUCUCUGAAGAAGUAACCAUUAAGAAACCGGAGGAGAAGGUUGUCGAAGAAGUCACUGAGGAAGUGCAGAUAAAGAAGAAGCCCAAGAAGACACCUGAACCAAAGAUUGAAGAAGUUACUGAAGAAGUUACAUUAAAGAAACCAGAGGAGAAGGUUGUUGAAGAAGUCACUGAGGAAGUGAAGAUCAAGAGGAAACCAAAGAAGAAACCUGAACCAAAGAUUGAAGAAGUUACUGAAGAAGUCACAAUCAAGAAACCAGAGGAGAAAGUUAUUGAGGAAGUCACUGAAGAGGUAGUCAUCAAGAAACCAGAGGAGAAGGUUCAUGAGGAGGUCUCUGAGGAAGUAACCAUCAAGAAACCGGAAGAAAAGAUCGUUGAAGAAGUCACUGAAGAAGUGAAGAUCAAGAGAAAACCAAAGAAGAAGCCUGAACCAAAGAUUGAAGAAGUUACAGAAGAAGUCACACUCAAGAAACCCGAAGAGAAGGUUAUCGAAGAAGUCACUGAAGAAGUAGUAAUUAGGAAGCCUGAAGAGAAGGUGGUUGAAGAAGUCUCUGAAGAAGUAACCAUCAAGAAACCAGAGGAGAAGGUUGUUGAAGAAGUCACUGAAGAAGUCAAGAUCAAGAGAAAACCAAAGAAGAAGCCUGAACCAAAGAUUGAAGAAGUUACAGAAGAAGUCACACUCAAGAAACCCGAAGAGAAGGUUAUCGAAGAAGUCACUGAAGAAGUAGUAAUUAGGAAGCCUGAAGAGAAGGUGGUUGAAGAAGUCUCUGAAGAAGUAACCAUCAAGAAACCAGAGGAGAAGGUUGUUGAAGAAGUCACUGAAGAAGUGAAGAUCAAGAUGAAACCGAAGAAGAAACCUGAACCAAAGAUUGAAGAAGUUACAGAGGAAGUCACUAUCAAGAAACCAGAAGAAAAGGUUGAAGAAGUCACUGAAGAAGUGAAGAUCAAGAGGAAACCAAAGAAGAAACCUGAACCAAAGAUUGAAGAAGUUACAGAAGAAGUCACAAUAAAAAAACCAAAGGAGAAGGUGGUUGAAGAAGUUACUGAAGAAGUAGUCAUUAAGAAACCAGAAGAGAAGGUACCUGAAGAAGUGUCUGAAGACGUAACCAUCAAGAAACCAGAAGAAAAGGUUGUUGAAGAAGUCACUGAAGAAGUGAAGAUCAAGAUGAAACCGAAGAAGAAACCUGAACCAAAGAUUGAAGAAGUUACCGAAGAAGUCACUAUCAAGAAACCAGAAGAGAAGAUUGACGAAGAAAUCACUGAGGAAGUACAAAUUAAAAGAAAACCAAAAAAGAAACCUGAACCAAAGAUUGAAGAAGUUACAGAAGAAGUCACAAUUAAGAAACCAAAGGAGAAGGUGGUUGAAGAAAUUACUGAAGAAGUAGUCAUCAAGAAACCAGAGGAGAAGGUGCCUGAAGAAGUCUCUGAAGAAGUAACCAUCAAGAAACCAGAAGAAAAGGUUGUUGAAGAAGUCACUGAAGAAGUGAAGAUCAAGAUGAAACCGAAGAAGAAACCUGAACCAAAGAUUGAAGAAGUUACCGAAGAAGUCACUAUCAAGAAACCAGAAGAGAAGAUUGACGAAGAAAUCACUGAGGAAGUACAAAUUAAAAGAAAACCAAAAAAGAAACCUGAACCAAAGAUUGAAGAAGUUACAGAAGAAGUGACUCUCAGAAAGCCUAAAGAAGAGGCUAUUGAAGAAAUAACCGAAGAGGUAACCAUCAAGAAACCGGAGGAAAAGAUAGAAGAGGUUUCUGAGGAAGUAACCAUUAAGAAGCCAGAGGAGAAGGUUGUCGAAGAAGUUACAGAAGAAGUUAAAAUCAAAAUGAAACCAAAGAAAAAGCCUGAAUUUAAGGUUGAGGAAGUUUCCGAAGAGAUUACCAUUAAGAAACCGGAAGAGGAGGUUGCUGAAGAAGUCCAGAUUAGGAAACCAAAGAAAAAAUCUGUCUUCAAGACCGAAGAAAUUAGUGAGGAAAUAACUCUCCAAAAACCAAAAGAGAAGGUUGAAGAAGUAACUGAAGAAGUGACACUUAAGAGGCCUGAAGAGAAAAUCGUUGAAGAAGUGUCUGAAGAAGUGACCAUUAAGAAGCCUGAUGAGAAGGUUGUUGAAGAAGUAACAGAGGAAGUACAGAUCAAAAUGAAACCAAAGAUGAAACCGAAGUAUGAAGUCGAAGAAGUUACAGAGGAAAUGACGAUCAAACAACCAGAAGAAGAGGUUGAAGAAAUUACUGAGGAGGUUAGAUUCAAGCUAAAGCCUAAGAAGAAACCCGAACCUAAAUAUGAGGAAGUUUCUUCAGAGGUAACAAUUAUGAGAAAGCGUGAAGACAAAGUAGAGGAAGUUGUUGAAGAUGUUCAUAUAAAGAUGAAACCAAAAGAGAAACCUCAGGAGAAGUUUGAUGAUGUAUCAGAAGAAAUAACAAUAUCAAAACCUGAAACUAAAGAGCAAGUGACUGAAGAAAUUACUGAAGAUGUGCAGAUAAAGCUGAAACCCAAAAAGAAGCCUGAUAUUAGGACCGAAGAAGUAACUGAGGAAGUCACAAUCAUAAGAAAAGAGGAACCAAGUGAGGAAGAAGAAGAAGAUAUUUCCGAAACUGUUCAGAUUAAGCGAAAACCAAAAAGAAAAAUUACAACCAAGGAAGAAGAAGUUACGGAAGUUACGAUACAGAAACCAAAGCCAAAGGAGGAGCCUGUUGAAGAAGUUACCGAGGAGUUUAUGCUCAAGAGGCCAAAACCAAAGAAACCAGAGGAGCCUCAGCAGGAGGUGUCGGAAGAGGUAACCAUAAAGCAAGAGUCUCCUGAGCCAACUGUAACAGAAGAGGUGACAGAAGAAGUGAGCUUUAGGGUGAAACCCAAAAGGAAGAAGCCAAUUGUUACUGAAGAAAUCAGUGAGGAGUUUACCUUGAGGAAACCGAAGGAGCCAGAGGAAGAAGGGCCUUACGAAGUGAGCGAAGAAGUUACUAUAAAGAGAAAACCAAAGCCCUUCAUAAGAGAAACUCAAGAAAUAUCAGAAGAAGUUGAAAUGAAAUUAACAGAACCUGAAGAUUUCACACAUGAAGAAACAACCGAAGAUGUGAAAAUUAAAAUGAAGCGACCUAAGAAGAAAUAUUCAGUGACAGAGGAAACCAUAGACUCAAAGAUGGUGAUCCAGGAGUCUGAUGAAGAGGAACCAGAGGUUAUAUAUGAGGAAUUAGAAGAUGUGGUAUAUCAAAAGAAAAUAAUCAAAGAUGGCACUGAAAUUGCACAGGAAUUUGUUCAGCUUAGAAAGAAAAAGCCCAAAAAAUCGGUGACAGUUCGAGAUGAAGGGGAAGAAACUGUGGUUAUCAAAAAAUCGAUCACAGACGAGACUGAUGCUGGUCCAAAACACGAAGAUAUUGAAGAGUCGUUCCAAUUAAGGCUGCCAAGAAAAAAGAAGUACAAAGUGGAGGAAGAGGAGGAGGUUGAGGUAGGUGUCAAAAUCAGAAGAGAACCAACAUUCGAGGUUCGGGAAGAUGUAGAAGAAAGCUUCAGAAUAAAAACUAUGGAGCCCGAAGAGGAGCCAGAGGAGGAAUACGAGGAGCGCGACGUUGAGGGUAAAUUCACCUUUGAUCUGCCUAGGAAAAAAAUACAGAAGCGAACCGAGGAAAUUGAAUACACCCAAAAGGUCAAGCUUCCUCCCCUACCCAAACAACCUCCCGUCUUCACCCAAGAGGACGUCCAAAUGCAAAUACAGGUUGCCGCACAGUCGCCAACUGAAGCUCUGGAGAUAGCCCCGCCCCUCUUGGUCAAACCUGGAGACCAACUGCGCGCCACAGUCACCUACGUGGCCGACACUACGCAGGAGAACGCAAUGCAUCUGGUGGAGGGUGAACGCGUCUAUAUUCAGGAGUCGACCAAUAGCGACUGGUGGUUUGUGAGGAAGCACCUCACGCUGGAACAGGGCUACGUGCCGGCCAAGCUGCUGGCCGAUGAGGUCUCCUAUACACACUACGUCCAGAACAAACUCCAGGAGAAAAUCAACAAGCUGCCUGUCUUCGAUAAGUUGAAGAAGGGACAGAAGUCUGAGCCACCGAAAAUGGUCUCCAGAAUUGAACCAUUGAUAGUUGUGGAUGGCCAGGAAGCACAGUUUGUGUGCAAGAUCCAGGGAACUCCAAGACCCAACAUCACCUGGUUCAGGCAGACUGCUAUCAUCAAGCCUUCAGAAGAGUUCCAGGUGUUCUACUCUGAUGACAACACAGCCACGUUAGUUGUGAAGGAAGUGUUCCCUGAAGACGCUGGCAUGUUCACCUGCGUGGCCAAGAACCAAGCUGGCUAUGCUUCCUGUAGCGCCGAACUGGUCGUCGAGGGCCCCAUCAGUGACCACGGCUCCGACUCCAUGGUAGCCUCACGCCGCAGCCUCAGCAGAGAGUCAUCUGUCUGUGACAUUAUGGAAGGCAUUCCUCCAACUUUCGCCAAUAAGCCAACUGUAAAGACUGUCGAAGAAGGCACUCAACUGGAAAUGGAUGUGCGCUUGGUGGCUAUUCCAGAACCUGAGAUCAUCUGGAAGAAAGAUGGACAGGUGGUGGUGGAGUCCCAACGUGUGCGUAUUGUCAGGCAAAAGGACGUCCACGCCUACCGCUCCGUAGUCAUCAUUAAGAAUGCCAAGAAAGAAGAUGAGGGUUCAUAUGAAAUCUUGGUGAAGAAUCGUGAAGGAGAGGCUAAGAACCACAUUACUCUCAAAGUAACAGCACCACAAGCUCCGACGUUCGAGGAGAAGUUCGAGGACCAGACGGUGGAGUCUGAGGGCACCAUCCGUCUUGUGGCCAGAAUCCGUGGCGUUCCUGCGCCGGACGUCACUUGGAGCAGGAACGGCAAGAAACUCAAGGUGGAGAAGAAUGUGGUCAUGACCUUCCAAGAGGAAUUGGCUGUGCUUGAAAUACGCAGCGUCUUACCCAACGAAGACUCUGGCAAAUACACAUGCACAGCCACUAACAAAGUCGGCAAGUCCUCCCACUCUGCCAAUAUUACCGUGGGGGUCGACAUUGUUACCUUCAAGCGUGGUCUCGAGUCUUGUGUAGUCGAGGAGAACUCGGAGGUGGUACUUGAGUGCCGCACCUCCAAGGAGAAGCAGUGCAAGUGGUUUAAGGGACCUAAAGAGGUGAAGCCGAGCAAGAACGUCGUGGUGGAGCAGGAGGGCCUCACCCACCGUCUGGUCAUCCACUCAGCCACCCCCAGUGACACUGGCAAAUACAAGUGUACCUUCGACGACCAGUCCACCUUCUGUAACCUCACCGUCAAAAGCCUUGAUGACUUCGUGGAGAAGCUUCAGGACGAGGAGGUUCAAGAAAGAGAACAAGCUAUCCUGCAAGUGGAAGUCACCAAUGAAAAGGCUACUGUCACUUGGCAUAAGGAUGGCGAGGAGAUUACCGAGCACCAUGAGCGUUUCAAGCUGGUUUCGCAAGGUAAGACUCGUAAGCUGGUCUUGAUGGAGGCCACACUCUCUGACGAAGGGGAGUACACGUGUGUGCUGGGCGACCAGGAGUGCACAGCAGAACUCACCGUCAGGGAACUGCCUGCAGAGAUCGUCAGGAAGAUGAAGGACCAGGUCGUUUCCAAGGGCGACAGGGCCACCAUGGAGGUGGAGUUGACCAAGGGUGAUGCAGUCAUUACUUGGUAUAAGGACGAAGUUGAAAUCAGAUUCUCUGAUCAUUACCAACUCUCGAUUGAUGGCAAGGUACAAAGACUCAUGGUGUACAACUGCCAGUUUGAGGACAGCGGCACCUACCGGGCCGUGGUGGGCAAGAGUGAAUGCUCUGCCACGCUCAAGGUUGAGCUUCAGGUAGAAGGUGACUUCUCGAAGAAGCUGCCAGCUCAGAUGGACGUCAACUUUAAGACAGAUGCCACCUUUGUUGUUGAAAUUACAAAAGACUAUGAAGUCAAAUGGUUAAGGGAGGGUGCUGAGCUGAGUUCCUCUGAGAAGUAUGUUAUUAAGAAAGAGGCCAAGAAGAGGAUCUUGAUAGUCAAGUCCGUAUCUCAAACUGACGCCUGUGAAUAUUCCUGUGUCCUUGGAAAUCUCAAGACGUCGUGUGUACUGCACGUUGUCCGUAUGGAGACAGCACCUAAGAUCCCGAAGGAACACCAGAAGGUGGAAGUCAUAGUCACAAAGGGUAAAGAUGCUGUACUCAAGGUUCCAUUCACUGCUACUCCAACACCCAAAGUCUUCUGGUACCACAAAGGCCAACUCCUAAACACAGAAAACACAGAAAAACUGCUGCCAACGAUAUCGGAACAGGAAGCAUCGAUCACCAUCAAGCAGGUGGAGAACAUCGACUGUGGCGAGUACAGACUCAAGCUGUGUAACGACUGUGGUGCGGCCUAUGCUGAUUUCACCCUCAAGAUCCUAGACAAACCUUCACAGCCUGGCACACCAGAGCCCAUGGAAGUGACCAACGUGAGUGUCACGCUGCACUGGUCCCUCCCCAAGGAGGAUGGUGGACGUGCCAUCACCAACUAUAUUGUGGAAUACAUGAGUAAGAAGGAGCAGAGCUGGGUUGUAUUCAACCAGCAAGUUAAGAUAACACAGUCAACUACAGUCGUCACGAGCCUCACCACACAUGAAGAAUACUGCUUCAGAGUGUCUGCAGAAAAUGAGAUCGGAAGAUCUGAGGCCUCAAAUGCUUCAAGAUAUGUCAAGGUGUGUGAGCCAGUGAGGGCUGAGCCACCCGUGGUCAAGGAGCAGCUACAGGCAGUAGUGACCGGCCUGCACCAAGAGGUGGUCCUCCGCUGCGUGGUCACCGCAACCCCGACACCCAAGAUUGACUGGCUGAAGGAUGGCAAGCCAGUCUCCGGUAACACCAGCUACGAGAACUUUACAGCCACGUUAACUAUCAAAGAAACAAUGGAGACCUCGGGCGGGAUGUACACAUGUCGGGCCAGUAAUGAAGCUGGCAUGGCAGAAUGUUCCGCUACCGUCGUUAUUCAAGAGGCUCCCAGAUUUGAGUAUGACGAGAAGCAACAGUGUCAACGUCUUACCGUUGGUGAGAAGUGGCAUGUACCCAUCCAGGUCAUUGGUCAUCCCCGGCCCAAGAUCACCUGGGCACGCAAUGACAAGGCUCUUGUGUCGACCCCACAUAUCGUCAUCCACGUUGAUGAGUCGGAGGGUUCAACGGACAUUGCCAUCCACAAGCUGGCCCUUGAAGACUCUGCCGUCUACACACUCACCGCUCACAACUCCGCCGGGAGAUCACAACUCAGCUUCAAUCUCCGUGUGGUCGAGGAAGAGAAGGAGUACCAAGUAUGCGCUCUUGAGGUGAUAGAGGAAGAAGUCAAGAGGGAGCGACCAGCCGCACCCUUGGGCCCUCUCGUAGCCAGCGACGUGACCUCCUCUAGUCUCGUACUGACUUGGCAAGCGUCACCCUCUGACGGAGGAGUCGAGAUCUCCUCUUAUUAUAUCGAAAAGCUUGAAAAGUCACAGAAGCAGUGGCAUAAGGUUGCUGAAGUUGGUCCGGAUGUAAGGUCAUAUAUGGUAACGGAUCUGCUAGAGGGGCACGAGUACUUCUUCAGAGUCUUUGCCCUUAAUGCUCUGGGUCUUUCAGACGCGUUGGAGGUGUCUGAGACAAUCGUUCUCAAGAGUCCCUUCGAUAAACCUGGACCUCCUAUUGGUCCCUUCGAUGUGAGCAACAUCACCGAGACGUCACUACACCUACACUGGGAUGAACCUGACCAUGACGGCGGGUCUCCUAUCACUCACUACAUACUAGAGAAACGCGAGUCUACCAAGAAGGCCUGGGCUAAGGUUGGCCAAACGGAAGCGACAGUUACGGAAAUGGAAGUCACGGGCCUUAAAAAGGGAACAGCGUACUACUUUAGGGUAUAUGCAUAUAAUGCAGUCGGCCAAAGUCCACCAUUGCAGCCGGAAGAGCCGAUCACAGCAGGCAAGAAGAUCACUCCCCCGUCCAAGCCUAACAGUCUACAAGUGAUCGAUGUGACCACUAAGACGGUGACGCUGGCAUGGGCGCCACCCACUACAACAGGAGGAGCUGAUCUUAUGGGUUACGUGAUCGAGCGACGACUAACGACGGAGAAGAAGUGGGAGAAGGUGGACACCGUCGACGCCUCCGUCACCCUUUACUGUGUGGAGAACCUGAGGGAGAAGUCUGAGUAUGAGUUCAGAGUAUUCGCCGAGAACCCUGUUGGUCUCAGUUUAGAGGCCGCCCUAACAGAACAAGUCAGGCUAAAGACUCAUGCCACUCCUCCAUCACCACCCACUGCGCCCCUGGAGGUCCGUCCCACCGGUCCCACCAGCCUGAUGAUUGAGUGGGGAGCGCCCGAGAGUGACGGAGGGGCCCCUCUACUAGGCUAUAUCAUCGCUAUAAGAGAUAUCAAGAGAACUAUGUGGAUUGAAGUUGGCCAAGUCGGAGCUAACUUCACUAGGUUACACAUCAAGGAACUGCAAGAGGAGCAUGAGUACUUCGUGCGUGUAUUCGCCCGCAACGAGGUUGGUGCCAGCGACCCGCUAGAGACCGAGGAGGCUGUCAAGAUUAUCAGACCAGCCGACUUCACGGAGCUGCCUGAGGACGACAACGCCCCCUCGCUCUCAUACUCGACGACAGAGACACUCUCGUGGAUGCGGGAGGCCGGCAUGGAUGCUGAUAUCUACUCUUAUGCCCGCGGUCGUCUCCUCAAUAGGGACGAGUACUUCUUCAAAGUCUGGCACCGCGGCAUGGAGAAAUUUGACGAGAAAAAAUAACUUUGUCUUAAAUAUUUUUAAUAUAAUUUUUAAAUAUGAAUCCUUUGGUUAAGUACUGUCUUGUUAAAAAUAUACAUUUUAUUUGUUAAUUUAUGUUAUGUAUAUUACCGAAUAUGGAGAAUUCUCUCCCCAUUUAUGGACAGGUCACGAAUUAGUGUCCACUCUCAUUCCUGUUAUGGAGAAAGCCCCUUUUUUUGCGAACUGAAGUUGUAUUUACUAUUUACUGAUGAACAUAAGAUUUGUCAGUGAUUCUCGACUAUGUUUACGGUUACGACUCUAGGCAUCCUCUUAUAUGAGGGGGUGCCGGAAGCCGCAUAUUUAAAGACUUGUUCGCCAUAAGGUGUUCGGUCCUGGAAGUCCCAGUGGGAACCUUUCGCGCUGGUCUUACAAUUACAGUGUCACCGUCAUUACCCUGAGAUGUUCACCUGAGCACACAGUAAGCAGAGACCCGGAAGUUUCCAGCUGGGAUAUUUAUGGCUUAUAAUGUUUCCAUGAUGUUUGACUGCUGCCUUUAUAAGCUGAGAUUCCAAUCCGUGGACCAAAAUCUUGUGGCUGUACAACUCAACGACUUUGAUAUAUGAAUCCCUAUUUUUGUUUACUGUAUAAAUACGUCAUUAUAUUGUCUGACCGCGACUCAGGAUUUUAUAUAAUCAUGAAUAAUAGUAUCUGAACGCGAAUGUUCAUAUGUUAGUGUAUCUUUAAUCAACAACACAUUGUGUCCGACCCAAGAUGUUUUGUUGUGAAUGUACUGUGAUAAGCGAACUUACCUAAGUCGGCUGUGUGCUUGCAAAAGAAAAUAUCUAUUGUUCUUUUUCUUGUGUUACCUUAUUUAUUUUCCAAAAAUUUUGGUCUAGUUGGCAAGUCUGGGAGGCUUUUGUAGAUCUGCGGCCACACUGCUGCUGCUGAAACUUCCAUCUUUUUGACCCGACUACAACAGCCUCUGAGACUUACUGACCAGUGCCAGCAUACUAAGAGUGUCAAGUGGGCCCUACUAUUGGCAGGUCACGAAGCUGCUGCAACUACUUCUUACACAACCCGUCUGUGACCCAAUAGCGGCUCACUUGGCAGCCAUGUUUAGGCUUGUUGUGUAGAUUGGCAAUAAAAUUUUUAGAAGACAAA